AUGCAUGGGGUAAGUGAGAGCCGAAGUUUUUGGAGAUGCAGGAAGGGAAGGUCUUUUUCUGGGGCUCCGGUUUUACAGGCAGUUGCAGCUUUGCACGUCAUCCUGCCAGCUGCAUGCCAGCAACUUUCAAAAAUUUUCAGGCAGGGGUCUCUCCCAGCCCUACCUGGGAUGCUGGGGACUUGAACCUGCGACCUUCCCAAGUCAAAUGCCUUGCUACUGAGUUAAGAGACCAGUCCUCAUUGUUCCAAGUCAAGGGCUGAUUUAAAUAGGAGCAUGGAAAGCUACCUUAUACCAUGUCAGGCCAUUGGUCCAUCUAGCUCAGCAUUGUCUACACUGACUGGCAGCAUCUCCCAGGUAAUUCAGGUAGCGGUUCUCACACAGCUUUGUGCUGGCGAUUGAACCUGCAACCUUCGCAAAAGCACGAUUUAAAACACACCAGGGCAUGUGUUAAGCCUAUGUGCUAAAGUAGUAGAGAUACAGUAAUGCUGCCAAGUUUUUAAUGCUGCAAGUUGUUUUAAAUUGCUUUUAAUGCUACAACCCACUCUGGGACUUUAAGAUGAAAGGUGGGCAAUAAAUAACACACACAAACACAACAUCAGCGUAAGGCACAAGUCAACAUCUGCAGGAAAAAAGCAGUGGUCUUAUUCUCUAUAAAGCAGCUUCUCGUAGUAGGUUGCUGAGGAUUUGUCCUUGCUUGUGGCUCCAGAAUAAUAAUAAUAAUAAUGAUAAUAAUAAUUUAUACCCUGCCCAUCUGGCUGGGUUUCCCCAGCCACUCUGGGCAGCUCCCAACAGAACAUUAAAAACACGAUAAAAGAUCAAACAUUAAAAGCUUCACUAAACAGGGCUGCUUUCAGAUGUCUUCUAAAAGUCAGAUAGUUAUUUUUCCUUGACAUCUGAUGGGACAGCGUUCCACAAGACGGGCGCCACUACCAAGAAGGCCCUCUGCCUAGUUCAUAGAAGAAUCAUAGAAACAUAGAGGUGGAAGGAACCACGAGGAUCAUCUAGUCCAACCCCCUGCAGUGCAGGAAUCUUUUUGCCCAAUGUGGGAUUUGAACCCAUGACCCUGAAAUGAAGAGUCUCAUGUUCUACUGACUGAGCUUUCUCUCCAGAUACUCAGGCCUCUUGCUGUUCCCCCACCUAGGUUUUCACAACAGCCAUGAUCCUCCGUGUGGGGCUGUGUCCUGGGCUCACGCCUGAGAUGCUCCAGCAUCUGAAGACCAGCGGCAUCAAAACAGGUCAAGACUAGACUUCCUUUAGCUGGUUUCGGGGUGGGUGCGUGGGAAUGAGAAGGGUCUCUUUUCCAUAUCUUGGGGGUGGGGAUGGAGGAGGCCUUUGAAGCUUCUGGGCAGUUAUUACCAUGAUUUGUGUCUUGUCUUUGCAGAGAUGUUGUUGGACUCCAACUCCCAUCAGCCAGUAUGGCCAGGAACCUGUGAUGGGAGUUGGGUGUCCAAUGACAUCAGGAGGGCCACAGGUUCCCUGUUUCUGAUUCAUUCAGCAAAGAGUGCGGCUUUUGAAGAAAGCCCAGUGACUAAAUCUGAUAGCUCCCUGCCUGAAAAAGCUUCCAAUAUGAUAUUUUUUAAAAAAAUAAAUAAAUUACAGUGCAGUGGGUGAAGGGCGGGGGUUGGAAAAGGAGAAGGACAUAAGAGGAAUCCUGAUAAAUUGGACCAAAGACCCAAUUCCCAGCUGGAUCCUCUAGGAAGCCCAUGAGCAUGUUAUGGUUAUGGUGGCAAUAGCCAUCUCCCGGGGUUUGUUUCUCGAAAGUAAUAGUAUACAAUCCCCAGAGUGGUUUCACAAUCCAUCCCUCUUCAUGGGGUUCUUUGGGAAAUUGUUUCUCUAGGAAUACUGGUUUCAUGACAACCCUUUUAGCACCCUUCACGAACUACAGCUCCCAGGAUCCUCCAGGGAAAAGCCAUGACUGUUAAAAGUGGUAUCACAGUGCUUUAAAAGUAUGGGGUGAAUGUGGCCUAAGUACAACACACACUGUUUUGGGGUGGGGCAUGGCAGCCCCUGGAACGCUACUGGCUCCUCUUAUUCAAAUCAUAAAUAGCACCAUAAAGUGCUAUUAUACCACUUUAAGCAAACAUGGCUUCCCUCAAUGAAUCAUUGGAGCUGUCUUUUGCUGAGGGCUCUGAGAGUUGUUAAAAGACAACUCUCCACAAAGAGUGUUCCUCCUCAAAGAGUGCCAAAUUCUCAGAGCUCCCUGUGAAGAGACACUGUUAAACCACUCUGAUGAAGUCUCAGUACCUGUAAGAAACUACAGUUCCCAGAAUCCUUUGAGGGAAGCCAUGGCUGUUUAAAGUGGUGUCGUAGCACUUUAAAUAUACAGUGCAAAUGUGGCCUAAAGUGUUUGCACUACAUUUCUUGUUUGGGAUUCUUACGGUCUGGUUUCCAGCUGCUGACUAUUUCUGUGUCCUGCCCCCCACCCCAAACAUUUUGCAGUGGAGGAUCUUGUUUCAUCAGAUCUGGAGGAAAUUGCCCAGAAGUGUUCGUUGUCAUACAAGGUGAGUACAUAAGAAGCUGCCUUAUCCUGAAUCAGGCCAUUGCUCCACCUCACUCUAUACUGCUGGCAUUGACUGGCGGCAGAUUUCCAAGAUUUCAGGGGACACCCCCAGCCCUACCUGGAGAUGCUGGGGUCCGAGUCUGGGACCUUCUGCAUGCAAAGCAGGUGUUCUGUCACUGAGUUAAGAGUCUAGUCUUCAUGGUUCCAAGUCAAGGGCUCAGUUGAAAAAGAACAUCGGAAGCUGCCUUGAAGUGAUUCCUACCCUUGGGUCCAUCUAGCUCAGUACGGUCUACACUGACUGGCAGCAAUGGCUCUCCCAGGAUUUCAGGCAGGAAGUCUCUCCUAACCCCACCUGGUGAUGCUACUGGGGAUUGAACCUGCAACUUUCUGCAUGAAAGGCAGGUGCUAUAUCACUUAUCUAUAACCCUUCACCAGGUCUUUUCAGAUGGUUUUGACAAUGUUUUAUUGCUCAGUACACACAAAACAGGUAGCAAUUUUUCUCUUGCUUCCCAACAAAGCAAGGGUUGAACGAAGAUCUCUCUGCAAAGGCUAGAGAUAUUCUUAUUCAUAUUAUCAUUAUUACCAUUGUUUAUUAUCACCACCACACCUUUUUUUGUGCUGCUUUUCAGGUGGCUUAUGUAGGGGAAAGUAAAUAGCGAAAAGUUUUUUCCUCCCUCUCUCAUAACACUGAAACUCUUGGACAUUCAAUGUAGCUGAAUGUUGGAAGAUUCAGGGCAGAUAAAGUCCUUCUCCGUGAAGUGCAUAGUUACACUACAGAACUCCCUCCCACAUGAGACAGGGAUUGCAACUAGAAGAGGGUCGGACAAAUUAAGGCUACCAAUGACUACUUGCCACAAUGGUUAUGCUGUACCUCCACUGUCAGGCAUGGUUUGCCACGGGGUAUAAAAACAGUAAAUAGAGUAAAUAAAUAUAAAUAAAUGAUGGUGUUGGAGGGUUAGUUUCCAGACUUGGCCUUGACUUAUUCUGCUUUCUCCUCAGGCCUUAGCUGCAGUAAGGCGUAUCUUGCUGGCCCAGUUUGCCUCAUUCCCUGUCAAUGGGGCAGACCUCUACGAAGAGCUCAAAAACACCACCGCCAUCUUGUCUACCGGGAGCAAAAGGCAAGAGCAGACCCCAUCAACUCCUUUACUGGAUCUUUCCCUCUAAUGUCCAAUAGUAAAAUAGACAGGGCUUUCACCACAGAGAUGUCAAGGGAUAGAGUGGGGCAACUCUACAUAUGCUGAGAAUUGUGCCUUAUGGUAGUUUUCCUUUUUCCAAACAUGCAUCAGGAUUUGAGGCUUCAUGUGAGCCUCUGUGGCAUGGGGACGCUGUGGUCUAAACCACUGAGCCUCUUGGGCAGUUCGAAUCCCUGCAACGGGGUGAGCUCCCAUUGCUCUGUCCCAGCUUCUGCCAACCUAGCAGUUUGAAAGCGCACCAGUGCAAGUAGAUAAAUAGGUACCAUUGCGGCAGGAAGGUAAACGGCAUUUCCGUUUGCUCUGGCUUCCAUCAAUGGUAUCCCGUUGCACCAGAAGCGGUUUAGUCAUGCUGGCCACAUGACCCGGAAAGCUGUCUGUGGACAAACACCAGCUUCCUUGGCCUGAAAAGCGAGAUGAGCUCCACAAUCCCAUAAUCACCUUUGACUGGACUUAACUGUCCAGGGGUUCUUUACCUUUACCUGUGCCAUGGGGGCCCAGGCCUAAAUUCCUGCGGACCUUGGGAGAUGGUGAUCUGCUCUUGUUUUCUGGACCACCUCUCUGGGACUCCCUUCCUCUUCUGUCUUGUCUGUGAGAGAGGCAUGCCAAGGCCUUCAUUUCUCUUCCUGAGGGCCAGAUAGUGAGGCCUGGUGGGAUGUUCAUGGCCCAUGGGCCUGUGAUUCCUGGCCCAUGAGUGAGUUGAUUUGCAAUGGGGCCAAGUUCAAGGUUUUACUAUUAAGGAGAUUCUGACUAAACAUUGGGAAGAACUUUCUGAGGGCAAGAGCUGUUUGACAGUGGAACAGACUAACUGAGAAGGUGGCAGGCUCUCUUUCGUUAAACAGAAACUGGGUGGCCACCUGACAGGGCCUGGACUGGAUGAUCCUUGUUCUGCCUUCCAACUCUAUGCUUCUGCAAUUCUAUUUCCCUGUUCUGAUUAUUUUUUCUUUUUCCUUUCCCAUCACUGUUCAAGCUUGGACAAGCUCCUGGACUCUGGCUUGUACACUGGGGAGGUGACCGAGCUUGUGGGGGCUCCUGGAGCUGGCAAAACUCAGGUGAGUGGGGGGAAUCCAGCAACUGAGGUCACCAGAGUCACUGUGGCUGUUCUGGAUGAAAAGAGCUCUCACAGCUGUUUAAAAGAAUAAAAUGAUCAAAGAGAAGAAUGGUCAACAAUCAUGGUAGACCUUCGAAAAGUUGAAAUAGCAAUAGGCUAAGCUUGCCUAAACAAAAAUGUGUUUAGAAAGUGUAAUAUCAAUAGGCAGGGAUUUCCAUGAUGAUGAAUGAUGUUGGCUGGGGAUGAUGGGAGAUGGAGUUCAGCUCACACCUGGAGCUUUUCCAGUUUUGGAAAUGACAUUUGUGGUGAUUGUGCUUCGUAGAAUCAUCACAUGGGGAGGCAUCUCAAAAGGUCCUCUAGCCCAACUCAGCUUCUGUGCUCUCUCUUUCUCUCCCUAUUUCUAGGUGUGUCUCAACAUAGCUGCAAAUGUGUCCCACAGCCUCAAGCAGAACCUUCUGUACAUUGACUCCACAGGGGGCUUCACAGCCACCCGUUUGCUGCAGCUCCUUCAACUGAGGACUGAGGAUGAGCAGGAGCAGGUCAGCGUGAGCCAAAGAGGACAAAGGGGAUCUUGUGGCCUCUUUAUAUUAUUGCAUUUAGUUAUAUUUUGUUUUUUAAAUUCCUCUUAACGUAAUAAAAAUUAGAUAGAAACAAAACUAGGGGUUGGCAUCCAUCUAAGUUUUAUAUAGACCCACUGAAAUUAAUAGAUCUCAGCCAUAUUCAUUCAUUUCAGUGGGGCUACUCUCAAAACCAAGAUGUGCUCUCUCAAGCCCACAUCUGCAGCACAUUGGCACUCCUGUCUCAGCGACGUCUGCGCUGGCUUGGACAUGUCCACAGCUUUGAAGAGGGCAUAAUCCCCAAAGAUGUGAUGUAUGGCAAACUGGCUUCAGGCACCAGGCCUGUUGGCAGACCAACUCUGCGUUACAAAGAUGUCUGCAAAUGUGGCAUGAAGGCUGGCAACAUCAACCUUGCUGUGUGGGAAUCCCUUGCAAACCACCACAAUGCCUGGAGACAUACAGUUGGGUCAUGCAUCCAGAGGAGGAAUGACCACUGGGGGAGCACAGAGAGAAGGAACGCUGUGGUGCAUCUGCAGCAGCCCAACCGGACUCCCUCCUCUGCCCCAGCUACAACAAAACAUGUCUCUCCCUCUUGGUCUCUACAGCCACAGCAGUCGCUGCAACCAUCCAAUGGUUUGACUUCACCCCCCAAAACACACUCCUCCAUGGUGUCACAAGACAGACAGCUGCCAACAACUCUGAGCAGGACUAAUGUUGGGUACAGCCCUGUAUGUUUUCUUGUAAACCGCUUUGAGUUUAUGAUUCCUCUCCCAAUCUAGUGGUAUUUAUAAAUAUGUUACAAAUAAUGCAGAGAAUGAGACACAUUCUUGGCUGUGUCUGCCUUAACAGCUUUUCCUCCCUGCACCCAUAGGCAGAGGCUUUGCAGAGGGUCCAGGUCAUCCGUGUCUUUAAUGCCUAUAAAAUGCUGGACGCGUUGCAAGAGUUCCGCAGCAGUGCAGCCCACCAGGUGAGAUUUCUCCAGUGCUCCCCUGCUUGCAAGACGCUUCAUUGCUUUCCAUCUCUAGAGCUCAAGCUGUUGCAUCAUAUUACCCUGGAAAUCCCCAACGUGUUGGAGUGUGUGUGAAUGAGUGGCUUUCUGCACAUGGUCAGCUAUACCCUUCCCUGUUCUCAACUUGCGUGUGUGAAUGAGUGGCUUUCUGCACAUGGUCAGCUAUACCCUUCCCUGUUCUCAACUUGCAUCUUUGGGGGGUGGGGGAAGUCCUGGCACAGAGAGCACACAUUGCAGAGCGGAGUCGUCAAUCUUAAUUUAAGCUGUGCACCACCCCCAGAUCUUGUUACCACCUCUUUUCUCCUGUCCUUUGGGUUCUGCUUUCCAGGACUAUUGCAGUGGCUAACUUGCUGAAUGCAAAAUUAAUUUUUGUGCCAGAAAACAAAUGAUUUCCCUGCAGUUUUCUGAGCUCUGAGAUUUUCUGGGGGGCAGAAGUCCUGGAUUUCCUUGGUGGGGAGCCAAGGUAAAUCCCUUGUGGGAUGUGCGCAGAGGAAGGCAACCAAGAUGAUGAAGGGUCUGGAAACCAAGCCUUGUGAGGAACAGUUGAGAGAGUUGGGCAUAUUUAGCCUGGACAAGAGAAGACUGAGUGGUAAUAUGAUAGCCAUCUUCAAAUAUCUGAAGGGAUGUUGCAUGGAAGAUGGAGCAAGCUUGUUUUCUGCUGCUCCAGAGGGGAGGACCUCAACCAAUAGAUUCAGAUGGUAAGAAAGCAGAUUCCAACCAAACUUCAGGAAGAAUUUUCUGGCAGGAAGAGCUGUUCAGCAGUGGAACAGAUUACCUUGGAGGGUGGUGGACUCUCUUUAUUGGAGGUUUUAAACCAAAGUGGGAUGUCUGUCUGUCAGGGAUUCAUUAGCUGGAUUUCCUGGAUUGCGUGUGUGUGUGUGUGUGGUUGGACUAGAUGACAUUGAGGUUUCUUCGGGCCCUGCAAUUCUCUGAUUCUACAACUGUGGCCUACUGUUAAUUUGCCCUGCUUCAUCGUUGGUGCCUCAGCUGCGGAGGGCAGGAUACAAAUAAAUUAUUAUUAUUAUUAUUAUUAUUAUUAUUAUUAUUAUUCUCUGCACAUUCUCCCUCAGGUUGUCAGUGCAUCUGGGCCAGUGAAAGUUCUGGUGAUUGAUUCCAUCUCCGCUGUCGUUUACCCUCUUUUGGGAAGUCGGCAGCCUGACGGUAAGCAGCAAGCCCACCCCUGUCUCUCAGCAGGCACUCGCCUGUUCCAAGUUAAGGGGUUCCGCAGAGGACAGCCCCCCCAAAUCUUGCUGUUGGGUUUGUCUUAUAUACCAGAGAUGGGGAACCUGUGGCACUCCAGCUAUUCUUGAGAGGUUUCACAAUCAAUCCCUCUUCCCAGGGAACUCUGGGAGCUGUACCCCUGUGAGGGGAAUAAGGGGUCUCCUAAAAACUCUCAGCACCUUUGAUAAACUCAGUUCCCAGAAUUCUUUGGGGGAAGCUGUGACUGUUUUACAGUAUUGUAGCGCUUUAAACGUAUGGUGUGAUUGUGGCCUGAAAUAUUCCUGCCACGGCUGCGUGUGGUGGGGGUGCGUUGGGGGUGGGGAGAAGCUCCAAAAGCUGGUGAGCACAUUUCUCCUGAUUGGCUGAAAAACCCCUUGCUCCCACGGAGAAACAGCAGUUAAUGGCAAACUUGGGAGGACCACGUUUUGUGUCUUUCCUGCAGGCAUGGCCCUCAUGAUGCAUUUGGCGUGGGAGGUGAAAACGCUUGCCAGAGAGCUUGGAAUGGCUGUCGUGGUAAGUGGUUGAGAGCAGCCACUAGACACUCCUCUUUUUAAAAACUUUGCCCCUGCUGAUUGCAUAGGAGAAGAAGGGGCUGUACAUCAGUGGUUCCCUAACCUUUCUGGGCCACCACCUCCUUGGUUCCCCUUAAACUCAUCCCCAGUGCCCCCUAGCCAGGGUUGUAUAGUUAGAGUGUCAGACUAGGACCUGGAAGGCUGGGCUUCAAAUUCUGACACAAGCAGGAAGCCCUGCCCCCAAAUCAUCAUCAACCUUUAUUACGGUCCAAAGACCCAACAAAUCGUUACAAAGCAAUACAUAAUUCAUACAGCCUACCUCCAGGUUAAACAAGCAUUUCGUUCAAAAUAUAAGGAUCAUUGGUUCUUGCAACCACCGAUAAUAACUUGGCCACUGCUAAUGUUCUAGCAUUUGUCCAGUCUUCCAAUAGGAACCUGACAUAGUGAGCCUCUGAUUUUCCCAGGAAAGGUACCAGCAAGGGUAAUAUCAGUGCAGCCCUGGCUUGCUCAUAUUUUGCACAGUGCAACAAAAUAUGUUUUAUGGAAUCGAUGUCUUGAGCACAUGAGCAAAGUCUGUCCUGGUAGGGAACUCCUCUCAACCUGCCAUCCAACACUGCAGAAGGAAAGACGUUUAGUCUGGCUUUGGUGAAAAGCCUUCGAUAAUUUGGUACUGUCAGGUUUUUAAUGUAAGAUGUUAACUUAAAGACAUGCUGUCAGGGGUUCAGGGACAGAGGCACAGGGUAGGCAGGAGAUGGAGAGCGAUGGGGAUGAAUCCCAGGACAGCGAGGAAGAGGAUGACAAUGACUCAAGAGAUUCCAUGAGUCUUUCCAGCGAAUCAGAGGAUUCCCAGCAGGGGCGCCGGUGGUCAAGCCCAGGGGAGCCCCAGGGGGACGUGUCAGGAGCAGGGGGCCAGCUGGGCAUCCCAAAGUGGCAGCUGGGUGUCAGGGCCAGCCUCCCCGCCAGAGUGCAGCGAAGGGGUGGAGGUUUCAGUGUGUCAGGGAAGCGGCUCCGGCAGCAGAGAAAGGAGGAGAGGUCGGAGCAAGCCAUCCUCCCGGAAGGGGAGGGAGCAGUGAAGGGAGUAGUGUAGCUGUUGAAAGGAAGGUUAGAGGCUGGGCGCGCGCGCAAGUUCAAAGGUAGAGGCGCGCGGAAGUACAGGGAGCCCGGAGGAGGGGCCAGGUCCCAAAGCCCGCAGGAGGGGCAAGAGCAGUCUGAUUCCGCGUCAGAGGAAUCCAGGAGGCGAAACCCCAGCGGGCAGAAGGACCCUGCGGAAAGGAACAUGCCCAUAUUGUACUCCUACUGCCAGCAGACUACAGAUUGUGUGUGAUCGAGAUCGCAAGUCACUGUGUGCAUUAUCCCAUAAUCUUUGCUUUAACGUCUUUAGGGCGCCUUCAUAACCCAGGUAAUACAGUUGGGGGGGUGACAGACCAAUAGAGGUGGCUUUUUAGCCAUGGUUUUCUGCCAUUUGCUGACAAAUUCCUCAUUGGUCAGGUAUUGGUACAAACCCUUCCCUAGAUCAAACACUGAAAUCCUGAGCCAAUGUUUUAGGGCAGCCCACCACGUUUUAGUUGACAUUGGGCAUUCACCAGCUUCUAACAGAAGUAUGGAGUUGGGGACACAGUUGGGAACCUGAAGCAGAGAUCGUAGAAAUUUUGCCUGAAAGCCAUCUAGCUUUGGCAGGUCCCCAUUAUGCCCCCAAAUAAUUCAGGUUUGUGGUUGAGUGGGAAUUUUUCAUCAUUCUAGAAUGGGGGGGGGGGGGGGGCCUUGUACAGCAGACCCAAAAAGGGUUUGUGCAGCUAAUUACUCCGAAAGGGAAAUGAAAGAGGACUAAAACCUGCCACUCUGUUUUCAGCUGACAAAUCACGUGACCAGAGACAGUGGCAAUGGCCAUCUCAAACCAGCACUGGGUCGCUCGUGGAGUUUCGUGCCCAGCACCCGGGUGCUGUUGGAGGACAGCAAGGAAUCUUGCGGGGGAACUGGCACCGCCCGAAUUGCGUCCUUGACAAAAUGUCCUCGGCAGGUGAGAACUUGGGGAGGACAUGCAUGCCCCUGUAUCCCUAGAUUAAGGUAAUGUGGAAUCAUGGGGUAGGCAAUUUCAUAUGAUCUAGCAAUUGCAAUUGUAGAUGACCUAGCACUGUUCUUGAGAGUGGUCUGGGCUUUUAAAGGGCGUUUUAGAGCAUCUGUAUCUGGAUUUUCAGCCAAAAAGAAGCUCCCAGAGUGGCUUACAUACAAACAAUUGAAAAUAAGGCAAUUCCUGCCUGCAGGCUGACUAUCCGAAAGACAGUCUGGAAGGAGGAGGAAAAAAGGAAACUUGGGUGCCAGUUCUAAAAGAAUAGCUGGAAUGGAAGUAGUUCAGGGGCAGGAGGCACAGCCUGAUAGAUCUGCCUUUUCAGCAGACCUGAUGGGAUUUAGGAGGAAGCCAGCCCUGCAGCUUCCGCUCCAGGAACCUUGCAGUCCUUCAUUAGCACAUUCUUCAGCUCUGCAUAAAAUAAGAGACUGAUCCUUAUAUUCUGUCCUUUGUCUUUUGCAGCCUGUUGGGAUUCGGGUAGAUCUGGAUCUGGGGAACUGGGAUCUGACGGAAGGUGCAGCAUGAUGUCAACUGGAGAGGGACCCUGAUGGAAGAUGCUAACAGAGGGGGCCCUGCCUCUUCAGCACAGCUAGCUCCCUUGCAGGAUGAGGACCCCAGAGGUGGAGAGAGCAGCUUCAGGAGAUGUCCUUCCUUGUUUUCCUAUGUACCGACAUUGUCCUGAUUACUCGUGGAAUAGCAGUAGGUGGCUACAUUGCCAUGCUAUGGUUCCACUUGGCUGUAACUUAAUGUGGAUAAAUUUCUGGUUUGAGAGGAAUAAAAAGAAAAAAGAAAUAGGAUGACCAAUGUUGUUACUUCCAGGAAAUGAGCCUCUGUGUUCUUAUUCUUUGUUUUGCUGUGAUAUUGUUGCGUGGGCCCCAGUCUCCGAGUGGUGAGGGACCAGAGUUUGGUUUCCUUAGAAUUAAGGUCAGUGGAGACUGUGGUGUCUUUAGAAUACAUAGUUUUAUUUACACAUAAUAUAUAACCUGAGCAUAGGAUGGAGGGGCUCACAGCAUUAAUACCCCAACAUAUCUCUCCUCCCCCCCCCAUUAGGUUUCCAGGGAAGCCCCAAGUCACAGCCUUUGUGGUGCAGUGAUUAAGCUGGUAGCACAUUUCCAAAGCUAAGCAGGGUCUGGUAUGGUAUCAAAUUGGAUGGGGAACUGCAUUUUGAGAUUCCUGCAUUGCAGGGAGUUUGACUAGAUGACCCUUGGAGUCCCUUCCAAAUCUACAAUUCUGUGAUCCUAUUUUCUUCAUAUAUUAAUUAGUUCUCAGGGUCACGUGUAUUUCUGAGCCACUGAACUCAAGACAGAACAUGUGUCUCUCUGGCUUCCAGCACCACCAUCCAUGUCCCGCCCCCCCGCUGCUCACCCCAUUAUUGUUCGCCAUCUUAGGAUGAAGUGGCUUCCAAUCAUGUCAGGUGAGAAAAGGCCCACCCAUUUCUCACUGUGGCAACAGAGUUCACUGUUCGGCCAUGUUAAUAGCAGUACUUAAAUGGUCAUCUGAGGCAAUCACCAUAAGAAAUGAACUAGUCUGACUGGUUCAUCAGAUUCAUUCUUCCACAGUCUAUCCUCACAGAUACAGGUAUUGCAGGUUUUGUAGGGGACCAGGGGCAUCAUCUAGACCAGACGCCUGCAAUACUCAUCACACUAUUCUGAAAUCUUGUUUUUGAUCAGUGUGUUUAGGUUCCUCUGACCUCCUCUUUAGAUAGUCAUGUGUGUUCAUGUAUAGUGCAUUAAGUUUGUAUAAAAACAAUGUUCGAAUAGCUUUUUAAAGCUGGAAUCACUUUUGUUGCACUAGGCUGUAGCAGCACAGAACAGGAUAACGAAACUUAAGCCACAUAGUAGGAUGUACAUAAACUCACAUAGAAAAAAUAUAUCACUACGGUUUGCAAUUAGUAAAAUUAGCAAUAAGGAAUAAUAAAAUUAAAUUAAUAAAAUUAAAACAUUCAUGUCAAAGCGCAAAACAUAUAGACACGUAUUCUUAAAAUAAAACAUGAUAUUUAUUUAGUACAAAAUGUAAUACACGACAUUAAAAGUGUUUGUGUGGGGUGGGGGAAUGAUCUCAAAAACUAACACCCUUUGGUUAAUUUUUAGUGGAUACUUACAGAGGAAAAUAAGAGAGGUGGACAAGUGAUAGUUAGCAUUUAAAAAAUUUUUUUUAAUGAAAAAUUGUUAGCAACCAUUAAAAAAAAUAAAUUCUGAAAACCAUCCCAUCCCACCGCCCAAAGCGAGAUUCGAAAACGUGGUUUGUCUUCGUUUCGUGGCGACUUUCGGCCUCCGCUCCGCUAGGGAGCGGCGAGGUGCACGCAGGCGUCCGCUUGGCGGUCCCUCUAGCCCCCAGACAGCCCUCGUCUCUAUGGCUCACUGCUUGGCCGCCUUCUCUCAUCCCAACCAUAGAGAGGGGGCGCGCGGAGGCGGAAGCCCGACGGGGCUUUCCGCUCUUCCCCAACGCUGCCCCGCCUCCCUCUCUCCCCACCCGUUGCCAUGGGAGCGAGCGGCGCUGCCCAGGGAGGCCAGGCGGCGGCCGGAGGGGGCGGAGCCGUGCCGGCGGCCCGCCCACUUCUCCAUCUGGCUCAGUCAGUCGCAGCCCGGCCUUCGGCGAAGGAGGAAGCGCCGCGGAGGUAAGCAGGGGCUCCUCCCUUGGCCCGAAGGUAGAAGGAGGGGGGCAACGGAAAGCGUGGCGGGGGGAGGAGGCGGUGCCCGCUGGGCUAUGAGAGAGAGAGAUUGUAUUGGGGGGCAGCUAUGGGGCUGAAGUGUGGGAAGAAAUAAGGGGGUGUGGCUUCUUUUGUGGGGGUCUGUUAGUGGCAGAAGCUUAAUGGGGAGAGCCUUUUCCUUAAUGACACCCAGUACUGGUGGUGGUGAUGAAAUGUGGACUUUAUAGGGUAAUAAUAUAGGGGGUGGGGCCCCUGCUUCUUAAUGAGAGCAAGUUAAGUUGGUUGGGGGGCAGAGACUCCUGAGGUGAGAGAUGCUUGUUAUUACUACUAAUGCUACUAUCAUCAUCAUCAUUAUCAAUACAUUUAUAUACCAUAUUUUCUUCCAAGGCACUUGAAGGUGGUGGACAUAGUUCUCCCUCUCCGCAUUUUAUCGUCACAACAACCCUGUGAGGUAGCUUAGACUAAGAGAUACUGACCCAGUGAGCCUCAUGGCCAAGUGGGAGGAUUUGAAGCCUGGCCUCCGGGUAGUUCUAGUCCAGCACUCUAACCAUUACACCAUACUUCUUUUUAAAGAGAGAUCCAGUUUGGUGAGAGGAAGUGUGGAAUCGAUGGGGUUGCAAAGUAGAUAGCUCAGGAGGUAGAGCAUGAGAGGGCUGGGUGUGUGUUUGUUGUUGAGCACUGGCUCUUGUUUUGAAAGAGGGUCUGGGUGUUCAUGGAGCGGGGAAAGCAGAGGGGAGGCGGUUUCUUAACUGGAGGUUUGGGUUGUGGGGAGGCAGUUGAGUACAGUGGUACCUCGGGUUAAGUACUUCGUUUUGGAGGUCCGUUCUCAACCUGAAACUGUACUUAACCUGAAGCACCACUUUAGCUAAUGGGGCCUCACGCUGCCACCGCACGAUUUCUGUUCUCAUCCUGAAGCAAAGUUCUUAACCCAAAGUACUAUUUCUGGGUUAGUGGAGUCUGUAACCUGAAGCAUCUGUAACCUGAGGUACCACUGUAUUUUGCUGCGAAGGUUUGUUUGGGGGGGGGGAUCAGAGUUCACAGGGCUGGGUGCCUGUGCAUGGGAUGACAGUAGGAAGCACUUAACUGAUAGAGGAGUACAGUCUAGUCCAGCAUCCUGCUCAGGGUAGGGGAAGGGCAGUAUCUCAGUGGUAGAACACCUGCUUUGCAUGCAGAAGGUCCCAGGUUCAGUCUCCGUUGGCAUCUUCAGGUAGGGCUGGGGAAAGAAUCCUGCCUGUCAGUCAGUGUAGACAGCAUCUUCCUCUGAUCUUCAGUGACCUUAUUCCAAGUCAGACCCUUUUGUCUAUCUCACUUAGUAUUGUUGACACUGACUGGCAGCAGCUCUCCAGGUUUUCAGGCAGAGGGGAAUCUCAGUGCUACCUGGAGAUGCCACUGGGCAUUGAACAUGGGGUCCUUCUGCAUGCAGAGCAGAUGCUCUGCUACUGAGUUAUAUCCCUUCCUAGGAACUGGGUUCAUAUCCCCCCCUAUCUGUCACAAAGCUCACUGGGUCCCUUGGGGCUGGGUGAUGUCUCCUAUAGGCAAACCUACCCCACAGGAGCGUUGUGAGGAUAAAAUGGGGAGCAGGAAGAGCCAUGUGCUGCCUGGAGGACAGGUAAGAUAUAAAUGAUAAAAAACUGGGGAUAAUAAUAAUAUUUCCACUUUGGAGAUACCAUGGUUUGGGGGCAGUUGGGGAAGAGAGCAGAAUUUGUAGGGCUGGGAUUUUGGGAGCGGCAAUGAGGAGGUUGUUAGUAGGGCAGGGAGGUUAAUUGGAGCAGCAGCAAGAAGUUGAAGGGAGGUGGCUGUUGCUUCGUUAGAGAGGUGAUUUUUUUUUAGGUUGGCAGGUGGCCGUGGAGAAUCUUUGGGGCAGAGUUGCAGCUAUAGGAGAGGGAUGGAGAGUCUCAUGCAUAGGACUCUCUGGGCCUUGCUGUCUGGUCCUUGGAACUCUCCCAAAGCUCUGCCCCCUCUUCCCAGGCCCCACCCCUCACUAGCCCUGCCUUGCACCCUCCUCCAGUGUUUUCCCCUGUCUGGAAUGCUUCCUUGAACUCUGAUCUAGUGCAACUCCCUGCAGUGCUGGAACCACAGCUUAAGAAUCCCUGACGGAUGACUAUCUAAACUCUUUUUAAAAUCCUGUAGUGAAGGAGAGUCAUAGACUCAUAGAAUUGUAAAGUUGGAUGGGACUGUGAGGGUCAUCUAGACCAACGCCCUGCAAUGCAGGAAUCUUCUGCCUGAUGUGGGGUUUGGCCCUUGAUAAAGAGGAUCAUGCUCUACCAACUGAGCUAUUCACCUUGGUAUAAUCAUAGAAUUGUAGAGUUGAAAGGGACCCCAAGGGUCAUCUAGUUCAAUCCCUAUAAUACAGGAAUCACAGCUAAGGAAUCCUUGACAGCCAUCCAGUCUCUGUUUAAGAAUUUGAAUGGGUUUGGUUGGGAAUAUUUUGUUGGGGGUCACUUAACACUGGGGCUGGAUUGUGGAUGGUUUUGAGAGUGUUUUGUCCGGGUGGCAGAGCAGGGAAAACUGAUUGUAGAAGUACAGAUGACCAUGAAUGUAAUCACACCCCAAUUCCUCUUGUGGGUUUGUCCAGUGCUUUGCUGUAGUAUUGGCCAACUCUUCUUAAAAACAGGCCAUGGAUAGGAUUUGGUAUGUUAUGGGAAAUCCUUACUCUGGCUAUUAAUGCAAGAUGAAAUCACAUGAUCCUACAAACAUCAUCAGUGUAAAUGUCCUCUCCUGCCACCAUAAUGUUCUUCUGUACUGUCCUCAUUACCUGUUCCAUUAACUCUCAGGGCCGGCACUAUCAUUAGACUGACUGAGGCAAUUGCCUCAGGCGGCGGAUACUGGAGAGGGGCUGCUGCCAUUCCACCUGAACCUCUGCCCAUUCUUCUUUGUUGGAAAUCAAAGCUGGGUGUGCCACAGGCCUGUUGUACACCUUCCCCAUCCUAAGUUGCUCCCCUUGGGUGCCCUGGAUGAGACUUCCCCUUUGCCUGCAUUUGGUUGACGGCCCUCCAUCUUGUCCUCAGACGCUUGUGGCAAAAUGUCCUGUUUUUUGGGCAGUGCUUAAGUACAGGAGCCAAGGCAGCUGAAAUAAAGUCCGGGUGUGAACGCAUCUUAAGUUGAGUUGGUGCCAACACCUUUCGUUGCACACUUCUUCAGAGGAAAUUGCACUUUCCGUUUUGGGAGCAGAUUGAGAACGAAAAUGCGUGCUCUACUUUCAAUUUUUAGUAGUAAUGCGCAGUGGCAGCUCAGAGAAGUGUGUGCCCUAUGAGUCAGCACAGAGUGGUAAAUAUUGUUUGCUGUGAGUGCUGGAACUCAGUGUGUGGCAAUGUAGGCUGGAAAUGUAGGCUGCUGUCUGGGGCUGAUAAGAGUUGUAGUCUCAAAACAUAUGGAAGGCGUAUGUUGGAAAUAAAGGAUAUCCAUGUGAGUUGGGUAAGUUCUGUGGAAGGGAAUUUACACUGUUCUUUGAUGAUCAAUGGGAACUUCUGUGAGAUCCCAUAUAAGCAGGCAUGCUUUGGAACUCCUUGCCUCUUGACACCAGGCAGGCAUCUUCACUAUUUGGGACCUCCUAAAAACAAGCCUGCCUAGAUAUGUAGAAUAUUGAAAUUUUAAUCUGUUUUAGCAUCAAUUUUAUUUAUUUUUAAAGUUAUAGGUAGUUGUGUUUCCCUGAUAAUUUUAUUGUUUUACUCUUUUUUUUUGUAUACUGCUUUGAGCUUUUUUCUUUUUUUUCACAAUCAAGCAGUAUAUAAAUUGUAUCAAAGUCUUGCUUCUGUUCAUCAUGGUGUAAAUCAAGGCGUAGACCUUCCUCACUCUGUUCAGUUGCCUGCUGUCGCAGGCUGUGAAGAGGAAAUGUUUGGAGGGACUUUGGGCAAUGGGGCUGACUCUUGAAAAAAAGAAUUUUAAAAAAUUGCUUGCUAACCUGUGAGUCAGGUGUGAAAUGGCUUUAUCUCUCCUGCCAUUAUCAAAACCUCAUGGUUGAAUUUGUUCACUGCCCUGCUAUAAGUUGCUGCGCACUUUAUUCCUUAUGGUGUACUUGCCCAUCUGUUGAAGCAGCAUUGAGGCAAGUUCUCCACCGUUAAGCUGGUGUGCAGCAGCUUUUUAUCGGGAACCAAGCUCACAUCUGUAAUUCGCUGUGAAACUGAACAUGUUUACAUGUAGAAGUGCAUGCUGCUGGUGGUGUUUUGGCGUGGGCUUUGCCCUCGGGACCAUUUAAUGCACACACUGCGCCUUUGUCCUUUCUCCUGUUCCUGCCGAACAUAAAUAAGGAACAAGAGGAAAUGGCGUUUGGGUUUCAGCAGUCUCUCUUGCUGGGCUUUGGAUUGAAAAAUACGGUGUUUGUUUACUUGGAAGUUAUCUUCAACCGCCCAGAAGACGGUGGCAUGUUGCCAGGCUCCAGCUAAGGUCAGCAUUCAGCCUCUGGUUCAGUCUUGCUUGUUCAUUUUAAUGGGUAAAGCAGGGGAUCCUAAAGGGAAGAGCAUCCACUGUACAUGUAGACAGUCCCAGGUUCAGUCCCUAGUAGCAUCUUCAGGUAGGGCUGAGAUUCUCCCUUGCCUGAAACCCUGGAGAGCUGCUGCCAGUCGGUGUAGACAAAAACAGCCUGACUCUGUAUAAGACAGCUUCCUACAUAGCUUCGGUGGGGCAAAAGGAAGAGCAGGAAGCACAGGAAUCAACAUGGCUUGGACCCUCCUCGUGAUAACAAUGGGAACAUAAUGGCUAUGUGGGCUGAUGUAGCACUGACAGUGAAUAAUGACUUAAUUGCUCUGGAGAAACAGGCUCAGAAGCCUUGUUGUGUCUGUAAUUGCUGUGCUGCGUACGUGUUUGCUACCUCUGGGGCUGGAACAUGGCAAUCCCAUACAAUUUAAUGGGUUUCUGAAAGGUAAAGGGGCUUGCGGCAGCAGGGAGCAGGCUGUACACUUCCUCUUUUCUUGUUGCUGCUUGUUGUUGAUGGGUCUUCUCUAAAACUUAAAUAGCUUCCUUAUUAUGGAUGGCUGCCGUUCAUUCUCUCCAUCUCAGAGCUUUGCUGGAGGCCCAGCUCCAUUUGGCACCUCCUUGUUUAGAAAUUGGUGCCCGAGUUGUGAUUUUUAUUUUCCUCUUCCCUCCCUCACCUUUUCCCCUUGUGUGUCAUGUUUAUUUUUAGAUUGUAAGCCUGUGGGUAGGGACUGUCUUGUUUUGAUUGUAUAUAAACCGCUCUGGGAGCCUUUUUGGCUGAAGAGCGGAGUACUAAAUAUUUUUUUGGGGGGUGGAUGACCAGAUACUUCUGCUACUGUUAGCUGUGUGUAUAGCCAGGCACAUGACAAGGCAUUUUAAAGAACAUAGAUGUGGUAACAGUUGCUUACAGCUUGCAUUGAAUCAGAUCUAUGUGAUGCCAACCUUUUAGGUAUUGCAUGUGUGCUCUCCACACACAUACAAUUUUAUUUACCCAGGCAAUUUAUUUUGGGACAGACCGGUAGUUCAGGGACAGAGCACCUGCUGUGAAUGCAGAAGGAGAAAGGUUUGAUUCCUGGCACCACUUUUUAUUGAUUUCAUACCCCACCUUUCCUCCCAAGGAGCUUGAGGUGGCAUACAUAGUUCUCCUUGCCACCUCAUUUAAUCUCCUCAACAACCCUGAGAGGUAGGUUAGGCUGAGAGGCAGUGACUGACCCCCAAAGUUGCCCAGUGAGCUUCAUGACCAGGUGGUGGCUUUGAACCCUGGUUUCCCAAGUCCUAGCCCAACACUCUAACCAUCACACCACCACUGACUCUCUUUAGGUAGGGCUGGGAAACCCUGGAGAGCUGCUGCCAGUCAGUGUGAGUGAUACUAAAGUAGAUGUAGCAGCAGCUUCUCCUGUGCCCUUUUUGAAAUGGGGUACUUGCUCAAAGCAUAUGGUCUCAACAAGCAAAUGGAAGAGUGAACAAGGAAUUUAUGGGAAGUGGAAGAAAUUUAGAAAACCUCCAAAAUUAGGGUCCUCCGCUUCUGAUUUCAUCUCACCCGUUCUGCCACUUCCAUCUGCCUGACUGACCUCACUCACCUGAGCUAUAAACUGGGCAGAUCCUUGCUUUAAAGUGUCAUGCCCUUGUGGUAAUGUCUUGGGGUGGAGAGCUUUGUGUACAUGGUCAAUUUACCUGGGGCUCAUGGGAGCUCCUUAAUUAUUAUAAGCUCUGACUUGUUUAAAAGUUUUUUUUAAAAUGGGUGGGGAAUCAGACUGAAAUGAGUUGAAACUAAAGCAGGGUAGGGGGCUUGAGAGGAUUAACAUUCCUAAGUGUGUUUUCUUGGAGUGGACUUGACUCUUCUAAUGGGUGUAGGAUCGCAUCUCAGAUGAUCAUAAAAUGAGGCUGCUGGAUCAGGUCAAUGCAUCCUGUUCUCAUUGUGGCCAACCAGAUGCUGUGGGAAAUAGGCAGGCAGGAUUUGAGCACAAGAGCCCUCUCCCCUCCUGUGGUUUCCAGCAACUGGAAUUCAGAAGCAUUAAUGUGGAGGUGUAGAGUCCACAGUGUAGAGUCGUCCAUGUUUACCACAUUUUAUAACCUGCCCCAUCCCCACAAUUAUUUAGUUAUUACGUUUUUAUACAACAUUUUCUUCCAAGGAGCUCAAGGUGGUGUACAUGGUCCCCCUGCCCCACCAUUUCCUCCUCCCCAAAACCCUGUGAGGCUGAGAGAGGAUGACUUGCCAAGGUCACCCAGUGAGCUUUGUGGCUGAGUGAUGAUUCAAACUCUGGCUUCCCAGGUCAUAGUCCAACACCCUAACACCACACUGGCUCUCAUUUUUAGCACCAAAUCUUGGCACCUGUUGUUUCAGUACGCAGAAGCAUUGGAAUCUUAGCUUUGGCAUGUCUGGAAAGAAUCUGUGAUGUGCCCUGCUUAUGAAACAGCAAGAGGUCAUUUUCCUGGAGUCGAAUCUGAUGAUACGGUCACUUUCAAGUGUGACAUCCUUUGCUGAUCUGAACCUUGCUAGCCCCAUCUGAAUUGCACUGGAAUCAAAGAGCAGGUCUUGAUGCUUGUCUCUGAACCUGCCAUCCCAUCCAGUUGUGUAUUUUCCAAUUGUUUUUACAUGCACAUGCUUGUAUCAUAAUUUAGAUAUUGUUAUGGGUUUUUUGGGGGGGCAGAUCCCCCCUAAAUUGCUGGAUGCCAGAUCCUCCCCAUAAUUCCUGGAUUUAGUAAGAGUCAGAUCUGAUUAAACUUUACCAAGCACUGAAACCCCCUAGAUUUAGUUACAGUAUGCAAGUCAGCUCUGCAGAGCUAGCUGAUGGGCCAUUAGCAGGGGACAAAAGCCGCUGAUGGCCCAUCCAGGAAACCAUCAGAGGACAAGACUGUCAGGCAAGGGGAGAGGGGCUCCUUUGCUGGGUGCUAGUAGGCUGGGGGGGGGGUCCUUAGCAGUAAGAAGGAGAGGGAGGGACAGAACUCUAUGUGAGCUGGGCAUGACAUGCUGGAACUAAGAGCCACAGAGGAUGGCUUUUUGCUGUCUGUUGAAUCCAGUGCUGUCUUUAAGACCCUAAUAGGAUGUUAGUGCUCUACAAUUGCUCCAUCUGGACUGAGGUUGUAUAUAUGUGUAAAAAACCCCAUAUAUCGUAAAGACACCAAAAUCCCUCUGUGCCUAAUUUCUGAAAGAAACACAAACCAUGGCUAAGCACCUGGAACUUCUGGAAUCUCACAUGGCUUGGAGAUUGGGGUGGCAUGCAACAAUAUUUUAAGAUUAUCUCAUACUUAAGAUGAGUAUCAUGUUGCUUUGAACACAUCAAGCUGCUUUAUUCCAAAUAAGCCCUGAUUCAGUAGCUGUUGCUGGCCUUAUCUCUCAUUAAUUAGCCUAAUCCCCUUCUAAAGCCCUCCAAGUUGGAAGUCAUUAGUGCAUUCAUUUUGACAAGAUAGCCCAAGAUGGCUCUCCGAGGCCUGUGGGCAGAGAGAGAGAACAAAGGAACACAGGAAGCUUCCUUAUCCAAAGUCAGACCAUUGCUCCAUCUAGGUCAGUAUAUUGUCUGCAGUUCAGUAUAGCCUCUACACUGACCAGCAGUGGCUCCUCAGUUUCAGACAGGAAUCUUCCUAGCUGGAGAUGCUGGUGGGGAUUGAACCUGGGCAUGCAAGGCAGACACACUACCACUGAGCUAUAGUCCUUCCCCGAGAAAGAGAAAGAGAUGUCUUUCAAUCCUUGUCAUCAUUUAACUGAAUAUACCUAGGCUUUCACCCCACAAUAACAUAUGAGGUAGGUUAGGCUGAGAGGCAGCUACUGGCCCAAGGGGCACCUAGUGAGCUUCAAGUGAGGAUUUGAACCCUGAUCUCCCAGGUCCUAGUCUGACACUCUAAUACAGGGGUCAGCAAACUUUUUCAGCAGGGGGCCAGUCCACCGUCCCUCACACCUUGUGUGGGGCUGGACUAUAUUGGGGGGGGGGAGAAAAAAGAACAAAUUCCUAUGCCCCACAAAUAACCCAGAGAUGCAUUUUAAAUGAAAGCACACAUUCUACUCCUGUAAAAACACCAGGCAGACCCCACAAAUAACCCAGAGAUGCAUUUUAAAUAAAAGGGCACAUUCCACUCAUAUAAAAACACGCUGAUUCCAAGACCAUCCGUGGGCCGGAUUUAGAAGGCGAUUGGGCUGGAUCUGGCCCCCGGGCCUUAGUUUGCCUAUCCAUGCUCUAAUAGCUACUCCACACUGAGAAUUAGAAUCCAGUCUUGCUACCUGACAUAAUUUUCCACAAGUGCAGCCAGAGAUUAAACCCUAGUCUGUUUCUGUGUGCAAAGCAUGAGUGUGCUGGAUCCGAAUUUGUGUCCUUGUUGCUGAGCCACAGCCCCCUAGAAGCAAUCACUCAUCAGCAUUCCCUAUACAGAGUUGCCCUCAUUAACUGCUGAUUCUUGCUUGUCCCCCUCCCCGUCCCCUCCAGCCCUGUUCCCAGGUUGGGUCUUGUAUCAUGCAUAUCACUCACCUUGAGCCCUUUUCUUCUUCAUUUCUGUGUCUUGGGCAACCUGCUGAGCAUUUCAAUUCCUAGAGUGGGAGAGGUGGUUGUGGGUAGUGUUAACUGCUUCUGAUGCCAGGCAAACCCAGUUGCAUCUAUGUUAAAAUCCUGGGUUGCACAGCAUAUUUCUGCUGAGCAUAUUAGACUCCGACAUGGCAAGUGAAAAUAAGAGAAUAUUCCUGUAUGCAACAUCAGCAGCGAGAAUCUUAAUUGCAAAAAAUUGGAAAAAAGAGAUAGUACCAACAAAAAAGAGUGGCAAGCUAAAUUAUUUGAUUACCUUGAAUUGGCCAAAAUGAAGGAUACAAUUAGGGGACAAUCUAAACAAACAUUCCAAAAAGAAUGGGGAAAAUACAGAUAUUAUCUAAAAAAACAGUGUCCUACAAUCAAUACCUGGACUUGCUUUGAGUAAUUUUUGCAAAACAAAAUAUGGUGUAAACGUAUAAAAUAUAGAGAAAAGUAGGAAAAAGGAAAUGAGAAAGAAACAGUUUACCAAAUAUGAAAUUAGACCUGCAUUGAGGACAAUGGAAGUCAAUUAGAAAAGAAUAAGAAUUGAAAUAUGGAUAGACGUUUAUUAUUUGUUUUGUAUCUAUUUGAAUUUUUUUUUAAUUCAACAAAAUUUAUGAACUUGAUCCAAUGAUAUCAGCUAUUCAAGACCUUAUAGCCAUUUACACCUCUGGCGCCCCCUGGUGCCCUCUUGCUCCUUAGCACCCUCCCCAGGAGAUGGUACUGCCAUGGGCGUAGCCAAGGGGAGGCAGCUGCCUCCCCUAGGUCAAAUAAAACAAUAGAAAUACUUAACCAACUGACCAGUCACGUCGGUUCUGCCCACCCAACAAAAGUCCUGCCCCCCUCAACCAAGCCCUGCCUCCGUAACAAAAAUCCUGGCUAUGCCCAUGAGUACUGCCCACUUUUGGAACCACUGAUCUAUUCCUUGGGCUUUGGCCCUCGCCCAGCAAGCUUUUCUCACGAUGGCCAGCGAUGUCUCUGGGAAGCCUGCAAGGAAGAGCAGUUUGCAACAGCACUUGCAAUUCAUAGCAAUUUGAUAUUCAGAGGGAUGCUGCCUCCUACCUUCACACUGCUGGCUUUUACCCUCUCUGACCAUGCUACUUCAGGGAAGGUGGGAGAUGGACUGAAGAAAAGGUCCCCCACAUGUCUGGCCUCUCUGGAGUUUCCAGGGAUUGAAUUUGGGUCCUUUUGCCUGCAAAGCCAGGGACGCUCUGUCCCUGAGCUAUGGCCCUAUUUCUGUGCAAAGUCGUUCGGCUGUCACUGUAUUGCAUAAGAUGCACCUCAGCAGGUUUCUAGCUUUGAGAACGAGGAGCGCCUGAAACCCCAAGAGUGGUUGAUAAAGUCGACUCUUCUUAAUUUGUAGGGUGGGUGUGAUGACCAAAAUGCUGCUUGGCUGCAGAGAGUCUUUUCAUGAGAGCUUGUUUUGGUAGAUAAGAAAGCAGCGGGUGGCUGGCUGUGCAUGCGUGCCUGGAGGGUUCCUUGCCUGUGUUCCAGCUGUUCCCAGUUGUGGGAGAUUCUGAAAGGAGCCCUCUAUGACCACUCAAGCCAACGGGACUGUUUAUCUUAAGGCAAAAGGCACAAACUGUCUGCAGACAGUUUGCCAGUAUGACGUUUUUGAAUUGUCGUGGCUUUCAAAACUGACCAGUGCUGAGGUUUUGUGGGAAGUGAGGGUGGCCUAGGGUUGUUUGCAAAAUGCUUGGAUCCCAUCACCACUUUUCACGCUGGAUAAACCUGGGUGUGCCAGUGGGACUGUUUUGCAGUUUAGCAAGUCUGAGGUGUGCAAGUGAGUUUUUUAAUGGGUGUACCCAGAACGGAGCACAUGAUGAAAAAUGUUUCCUUUUGGCAUCUGGAGGCUGAAAGAUGAAUGCUGUCAGUUGUGAGGAGAUCCUGUUUGUUUCUACUUUGUUUAAAAAUUGUUGGUGGGUUUUUUUUUUUUUAACUGCCCUGGGCAAAUCCAAUAAAUAUAAUGUGUAUUUUACAUUGGAGAGCCUUAGUGUAUCAGGCAGAUGGACCCCCUAGUUCAGCAAUGUGCUUUUUGUGAUUGCCCACCAGACACUUCUGGGAAGCCUGCCAUUAAAGCAUGAAGGUAACCCUCAUCUGUAUAUCCUCAGAGUCCAAUAGUGAGAUCAACUGCCUCAGAAUUUGAAGGCUCCUUUCCUUGGUCCUUGUGCUUAAUAGCUGCUGAUAAGCAUGUGUCCUGCAAAUUAUCUAAUUAAUCCUAGCUGGAUCAGACCAAAGGCCGAUCUCAGCUUUGCUCAACCUAAUGCCUUCUUAAUGUUGUCGGACUCCAACUUCCCUCAGCUCCAGCCAGCAUGGGCAAUGGUUGAGGAUGCUUUGGAGCAUGGGUAGGCAAACUAAGGCCUGGGGGCCGGAUCCGGCCCAGUCGCCUUCUAAAUCCAGCCUGCAUACAGUCUGGGAAUCAGUGUGUUUUUACAUUAGAAUGUGCCCUUUUAUUUAAAAUGCAUCUCUGGGUUACUUGUGGGGCAUAGGAAUUCGUUCAUUUUGUCCUUCAAAAUAUAGUCUGCCCCCCCAAGGUGUGAGGGACAGUGGACAGGUCCCCUGCUGAAAAAGUUUGCUGACUCUUGCUUUGGAGUCUGAAAUUUCAAAGGGCUCAGCUUCCACACUUGGAGGCAGCAGUUCUUCUGAAUCCCAUUUGUUGGAAGCCACAGGAGGGGAGAGGGCUCUUGUGCUUGGAUCCUGCUUGUGGGUUUCCCAUUGGGCCAUCUGGUUGGUCUCUGUGAGAACAGGUUGCUGGACUAGAUGGGCCAUUGGCUUGAUCCAGGAGGCUCUUUUCAGGCUCUUAUGUGUUACUCCUACUAUACUGUUGUUAGUGGCUGACAAGCAGGGGAAAAUAAAAAAUCAUUGGGGAGAAAUCUGCAUGGAGCAGGGAGACAAGGGUUCAGCAUUCUCCUCCCUGCUGCCCCAGCCUUCAUAGGCAGUUGGGGGCUCCCUAGUUUUGACAGGCUACUUCUGCUUCUGCGUCUAGCUUGGCCUUGGCAUUGCGAGCUGCAUGUUCAUUAAAAUUAUUUUUAACAUAAACAAGUGCACAGGUUGCAGCUCAUAAAAUCUACAACAAAGGAUCAUUGUGCUUUGUAAUCUUAGUUUAUGAUUUUUAUUAUUCUUUGGAAACUUUUCAUGGUUUUCCUUACUUUUUAUGUAUGCUUGCUCUUACAGGAAGUAUUCUUUCUAUCUAUCUAUCUAUCUAUCUAUCUAUCUAUCUAUCUAUCUAUCAUCUGUCUAUGUAUUAUAUAUGGUUUAGCCUGGAUGAACACCUCUUUUCAUUGGGAAGAGGUUGGUGUGUGGGAAUUAGCAGACCUGAGUCUCAACCAUUUGUAUAAAAUAAGCAGUGAAGCAUAAUAUUCUCCCCCACCCCGAAUGCUCCCUUUUAUGGCCGUCCGUCCUUCUGUUCUCCUGGGUUGUUUCAUGCCCACUUGCGUAAACCGGGACCUUUGUCUCAGGACAAUAUGUUCUGGUUGGCAAAGAAUUCUCAUAAAGAGUCUGCUUUGGUGGAGGAAAGCAUACAAGGAGCAGAUGCAGGCAUUUAUGUGUGCGGAUAAUAAGCAGAUCUGCAUUUAUGGGAACAGUAAGCAUGGUGUUCUACAGAGUUGAUCUGUGCUGAGUUGUGCUCCAUUUAACUUGCAAUCUUCUCUGGCUUGCUGCUCUUGCAGAAGAACUUAAGAGCUUGCUGAAUCAGGCCAACGGCCCACCCAGUCCAGUACCCUGUUCUCACAGUGGCCAGCCAGAUGCCUGUGGGAAACCUCUCACGAAUGCAUCCUCAACAGUCUUCCGCAUACAAACCUCGCUCUCCAGCAUUCCCACCAACCACACAGAUAACGCAACUAAUCCCCAACCAGCAAUUAGUUGCAAAAAAAUUCUGGACAGCCUUAAGCUUUAUCUACAACCAGCCCACUCACCAUCUAGGCUUCUGCUUGAUACCCUAUUUACAGAGCAUUCUCAGGUGCUAAACUUAACCCUGUGGGGUUGCUCAGUAGCAACAGACAUCCCAUUCCUCCCCUCUUCCCCUCUCUGCCUUCCCACCACCUGUGUAGGUGUCACAUAGGGAAAGGGAUGCAGGAUUUCCACGGCACAAAAUAUGUGGCUAGUGCUGUCCUACCUCACAGGGUUGUUGGUUCGCUGUGCCUUUGGACACUGCUUAAGAUAUCGUAACCCUGACAUUGUCAGUGGCGCCUGACAUUAAGGAGCAGGUUUUCCUCUGUGUUUGGAUACGACUGGACACUAUUUUGAAUUAAGACGGUGAACUUUCAAAACCACUUGUGUUCAAGCGCUGAUUUCAGAGCUGCACUGAGCUUUGGGCUUCUUAGAAUGUUUAAGGAGAGCUUGCUGGAUCAGGCCAGUGGCCCAUCUAGCCCAGCAUCUUGCUCUCACAGUGGCCAAGCAAAUGAGGAUUUGAACACAAGAGCAGACUCCCCUCCUGUAGCUUCCAGCAACAGAAGAAUUGCUGCCUCCAACUGUGGAGGCAAAGCAUAGCCAUUGUGGCUAGUAGCCUUUGAUAGCCCUCUGCACCAUGAGCUUGCCUGAUCCUUGCUCUUUUAUGAACCUUUCCCAACUCUACAAUAACCUUUUUGAGGUGAGGUGACUGGAACUGCACACAGAAUUCCCAAGGCAUCCCAGGUGUGAGUCUAUUUUUGUGUAUAUAAAAAGUAUUUGUAGCGACCAGCCUGCAAAAGGACUGUGCCGGAUGGGAAUAUUUUUAAGCGGCAGAGUGAUUCAUAUUCUAAAAAAAUAGAAGUUUCGUUUUAUUUGGAGGAUGUGUUGAAAGGGGCUUUCCCGUGGGGUGUGUGUGUGUGAGAAUUAAGGAGGUCGGGCUUCCUCUGACCUGGUUAAGAGAUACCUUUUCCUUGUUAAUUUGUAACUCACACUGUCCCUGCGAUGCUGAGUCACUCUAAUUCCAGUGCGGAAAACCUGCUUAUGAUCAAACUCCACGUGGAUACAACAAAUGCUCAUGAACAGAGUGAGGAAAGCAUAGCAAUCUUGGGUCCAGGCAGACGCAGUAGAUGAGGAAGCAGCAAUUCCAAACAAUGUUUAUCUCUUUGCUGGUGAUAUAAUUCUGCUGGUGAAUGCUAACUAGUGUUGUAAAUAAAAAUUUGCCCAUAUAGAGUCCUUACAUAGGUUCCCUAUUGGUAGGAGAAGAUAACAGAGGCCAACCAGAGAAUAUCGAGAAGCAAAGCAGCUAGUAAGCUUGAUCUUUAUUGAACUGUUGCAACAGGGUGCUCCCCUCACCCGCAAGAGAGGAGGAGGAACCCAGAAAAAUGUCACGCAAGGCCUUAUAAAGACUUUUGAAAUUGCCACCCUGUAGAUCAAGACCACCCACAGAAACAUCAUACAUACAUCACAGAAGGGGUGUAACCUAAGACCACCCCCCAGAUACAUCAUACCUACAUCACAGAAAAGGCGGUCUUAAAACAGAAAUUUGAAUGUUGUUUUUCUCCUGUCGUUGUUUAUCUCCUGUCUGGCAGGUUACUUGAUUGGAUUGCCUGGGGAGCCUGGCCAUUCUUUUGUAGUGAUAAAUACUUAGUUCCUGGGCCAGGUCACGGGCUCACACCCUAUUCAUAUCUUAAAUGUGCCCUUAAGACAGGAAUUGUGAGGAAAGAGGCAAUGGGGAGGUUUCCCACUUUGACCUUGUAGAGAAAACAUUUACUCAGUUUAGGAAUCAAAAUGGUUCCAGGUUGGUAUUCCUGUGCUGAUCUAUGUAUGUGCUUGAUUGGUACACUUUUUUUUUUUGUUUUUUUUGUUUUGUUUUGUUUUUAAAUAUUUUAUUAAGGAUUUUCUUGUUUUACAGAAGUGUAGUGCCUCGUAUUUUUUUUCCCCCCAUGUAACAUUUUUACAAAUCCGUUUCAUUUGUUGAGGCAUUAGGGGGAGAAGAAAAAAAAAGAAAAAAGAAAGGGGGGGUGGAGAGAGGGAAGAUGGAUGGGGGUGGGGUCGGGUGGCGGUGUUUCUAUUAUGUUUAAUGUAUGUAGAGUUUGGUGUCAGCGUUGCUUGUGUUGUUCACUUGUGUUCCACUUGAUUGGUACACUUAUGAACAUUUAACAUAUAUCUAAGACCUCAAAAUUCCUAUCGCACUAGCAGCAACAUGGGUUCUAUUCGUUUAUCUGCACUUUUUCUUCCUGACCUUGCCUCAACAGCACUUCCAAUGGUGCAAAAGCUGCCCAGAAAAAAAUGCUUUAUGCAUUUAAAGGGUAGUAGGUCAUGCGGGCUGAGCAGGGGAACAAAAGGCUGUUCUCAGAGAACUGGGGAGGGAGACCUCAGCGGAGUAGUCUAGGCCAACCUUUCCCAACCAGGUGCUCUCCAGGUGUUUUGGACUACAACUCCCAUCAACCCCAGCCAGCUUGGCCUGGGUUCUCAGCAUCGUCUGUCCAUCUGAUGGGAGUUGUGCUAGAUUGGAGAAGGCUGGUCCAGGCUGUGGAUAGGUUUAUUUCUGAACUCCUUAAGCCUUGGACUCUGGGUCCUGUUACCGUUUCUCGCCCAAAUUCUUAGCUUCCUGUUCUGUGCUGGGUGAGUCAUCUGACCUUUUGUAUAUUUGGUCUUCCCCGACAAAAAAAAGAAAAGAAAAAACUAUUUCCUUGCUGUAACUUUCACUACUGACUCAAUGCUUUGAGAACUGGACCACUGUGGAACAUUAUCCCUUUAAAAAAAAGCAAAAACCCCUAACUUUGAAAGAAGAGUUUCUCUAAAUAACCCUGCCAGGAUUUUUCCAAGUUUCAGGAAAUGAAUAUUAAGUUGGGAGAGUGUGGCUGUCUGCUGGCAGAAAACAAACUUGGUACAAGGUACAAAACACACACACUACUUCUUUGUCGAUCACUCGUAGCAGAGUAAGAUUGUCUUUCAUGAACAUGGUCUAAGUAGUGAGUCUGUAAGUGACUGUGGAGGCCAAUUCUGGAUCUACACAUCCUUCCACAGUAGGAACAUAGGUUUCCGGGCAGAAGUUGAUCACUGUGAGGGGUUACCAAACAUGCUUUCGUCUUCGUUUCUCCCUUUCGUCCUGAGUUGAGCAUCUUCAAAGUCCAUGACAUUGUGCUGCACCAACAAGCACAAAACAACCCCUCUGCAGCACCACAAAUCCAACUCAAUGGCGUAACGUUGGAAAGUGUCAGUCACUUCUACGUGGGCAUCCAGUGGUGAUGCAUAAGCGCUUAGAAUAGUAGCCUUUUGGUUUUUGGUGAGUUUUAUGUGAAGGGUUGAAAGUCGCUCAUUAAUGUUGGUAGGGACUUCUAACAAGAGCUUCGCAAGAUCGUUUUUGAUAGCGAAGCCUACUCCCAUGUAUUCAAGUUCUUGUUAAAAAAAAAAACUUUUCCAGUAGAACGUGUAGCCUCCUUUUUCUUCCUUCAGUUGUUCCUCUCCUGUUUUUUGAGUUUCUUUAAGCGCUGCAGUAUCAAUGUUAAAACGUCACAGCUCUCUUGCAAUGAUGGCAGUUCUGCGUUUGGGACGCUCAUUAUCAGUGUUAUCCAACAAAGUCCAUAUGUUCCACGUUCCAAAGUUCAAUUGUAUUUUACGACUGCUGGAUAGUGACCCCAGUGGGUGCGGUAAUUCAGUUAGGGCAGGCAUAGGCCAACUCUGCCCUCCAGCUGUUUUGGGACUACAAUUCCCAUCAUCCCUGACCGCUGGUCCUGUUAGCUAGGGGUGAUGGGAGUUGUAAUCCCAAAACAUCUGGAGGGCUGAGUUUACCUAUGCCUGAAUUAGGGGAAAAGGGAGGCAGAGUAUGUUUAGGGCACCUUUUCUAGCCCCUCCCCCUUUCCAGGGGUUCAUGACUAGGGGCUUCCAUAUUUCACGUUCCUGCCCCUGUUACUAUUUGCUGAUCGCCAUGGGACUUUUGGGUUUGGGAAGAGAUUUUGGAAGAGGCCUGUGUGUGAAUUUGUUUUAUGUGUGUAGAUCAGUGCACACUGACCAAUGCAGAAUCUUUGCAGUAAGGCUCUUAUUUUGAUGGCAUGGGUCUCACAAUGACUGGUAGAUUCUUAUCUGCUGCAGCCUUCACCCGCUGUCAGGGAACUGCCAUCGGAAGGAAGGGAGGUGAAAGGGCUCACACAGGUUGGGAGAGACUCAGCAGCUGAAGAGGGAACCAGUAGGGGGAGAGGAGCUGAGCUGAGGGAAAGUGAGCUGGAGGGAUGGCUCAGAGACACUUCCAGCGAAAACAGUGGGGAGGUUUCAGGACCUCCUGUAGGAACACCCACUCCUCGCCGGAAACUGUCACGCAGAGAGUCCAGAAGACGUGUUUCCGUUAAGGAGCUUUUAUGUUGGAAGCGAUUCCGAAAGCAACCACUGUCGGAAUCUGCUAGUGACUAGAGGAGCCAUGUCUGAGGGGCUCCGUCACAGACAGAGGUUUGUGGACUUGAACAAACUCUGAGGGAAUACUAUUUUACGCACAAGCAGCUCAUCAUCCCAUCACAGCAUUCCGACAGUCCUUGAAAGCAGCUUGUGCAGGAGAAGGCAUCAUGAGCAACCCAGCCGGAACCGGAGAAGCAGGAGCUGGAGCGGGUCCAAGCCUGGAAGAAAGGUACCGGGUGUUGGAGGUCCAGCUAGCGCUGCAGACGGCGAGGCUUGAGGAGAGGAGGGCUCAGGAUGCAGACAAAAAGGGGAAGCCACCCAGCUCGCCAGAAAGGUACCAGGAUUGGUGCAGAAGUUUGGGGGGGAGCCCAAAGACUAUCAUGGCUUUCGGACAGAGAUGCAAUAUGCCCUCAAUCUGCAGUUUGAUGAAUUCCCUGACGAGGAAUCACGAGUGGCUUUCGUGAUUGGGCAUCUUGAAAAGGGGGCGAGAGACUGGGUUAGACCCCUGAUGGCAGCGAAUAGUGACGUCCUAAAGGACACGAUGAAGUUCUUUCGCGCCAUGGAUCUGAUGUUUUCCAGCGAUAUUGAACAGGGAGUGGUGCGCAGACAGUUAAUGGCUUGCAAACAGGGGAGCCGAUCUGUCCGUGAGUACUGGACUGAGUUCACCAUGCUGGUUCACAGAUUGGGGUGGGACUUAUCGGCGGAACCCAUUCAAAUGCUCUUUGAAGAAGGGCUUUCUUCGGCUGUGAAAGACGAACUUUCCCGGGCGCCCAGGGCGGAGUCUAUGGACCAGCUGACCAAAUCCGCGCUGACCAUAGGAGCGCGCCAGGAGGCGAGAGCAUUGGAGAGGCGGGAAGGGAAGGGGGGGAACGUUGGAAGGAGUUCCGCAUUCCAGACAUUCCAGAGCCAACUUUCCCGCCGGCAGAGCCGAUGGAAAUCGGAACAGCGCGCGCGCGCAGUUUCAAAGCCCAGUGAGGGGGAAAGAAGGAGGGAAAACGCGCCCGGAAAUGCUAUCUCUGCCAACAGCCAGGUCACUUUGCCAGAGUCUGCCCCCAGAGGAAGGAAUGGCAAGGGAUGGUAGGAGCUGUGGAGGGAAGAGAGGAAGAAAUACCGGAGCAAGUAAAAGCCAACGCCUGGCUGCCACCGUCGGGGCACAGCAGCCAGGCCAAAGAGCAGUGAGAGUGCCCAUGCCAGAACCUCCUAAACCCGCCCUAGUGAUAGAAGUGGCGCUAGAGCUGCCAAACGGACACCCUCUAAAGAUAAAGGCGCUGUUGGACUCAGGCAGCUCCUGCAAUUUCAUGAGCAAAGAGUUUGCAGCUGAACACCAGAUACAGACGAUCCCUUUAAGCAACCCCCUGCAGGUGACCACGAUCGAUGGCAGGGAGCUGUUGGGAGGAGAAGUCAGCUUGCAGACCGUCCCAAUGAUAAUGAAGGUGGCAAGGCACACCGAACUGAUAGCGUUUAAUGUGGCCACCUUGGGAGGAGCUCCCAUUAUAUUGGGGAUGAGCUGGCUAGCGUUACAUGAUCCGCUGGUGGGCUGGCAUCAGAGAGUGGUUUCUUUUGGUUCAGCACAUUGCUUAGAACACUGCAAAGAGGGAAAGGGUUUGGCAGGGGCCCAAGCCACCCUAGCAGGGACGGAAGUAACGGAGAACGUGAAGGUACCACGACAAUACGCAGAUCUCCGCGACGUCUUCAGCGAAAGGGAGCUGACCAACUACCCCCGCAUAGACCCUUUGACUGUCAAAUCAAUUUACUCCCUGGGGCACAGCUCCCUGUAGGCAAGCUGUACGCCAUGUCAGACAGAGAGAUGCAGGAGCUAAGAGAGUUCAUUGACAAGAACCUGAAGAGAGGGUUCAUCAGAGAGUCCAGGGCGGUGGGGGCAGCCCAGUGUUUUUGUGGAUAAAAAAACACGAACAAGCCGAGGCUGGUGUGUGACUUCAGGGCCUUAAAUGCAGUGUCAGAACCAGUGGCCUUCCCUAUGCCCAGGAUUGACGACAUUUUGACAAGGGUGCGGAAGGGAAAGAUUUUCACAAAGCUGGACCUAAGGGGGGCGUACAACCUGAUACGAAUAAGGAAGGGGGAUGAAUGGAAAACCACCAUGUUCACCCCUUUAGGGGCAUUUGAAUAUUUGGUUAUGCCCUUCGGCCUACAAGCAGGCUCCGCAUGCUUUCAAUCGUUAUGAACCACGUCCUGGGGCCUUUGCUUUACAAGAAUUGUGUGGCCUUUUUAGACGACGUGUUGGUGUAUUCUGAGAAUGAGGAGCAGCAUGUGAGAGACGUCAGAGAAGUGUUGAGCAGGCUGCAAGCCAACCAGCUGUGGGUGAAACUGGAGAAGUGUCAGUUUCAUACCAAGGAGGUGGAAUUCCUGGGGUAUCGCCUGUCAGACAAGGGAUUGGCCAUGGAUCCCGGCAAGGUCCAGGCGGUGCUGGAAUGGAAAACACCCAAAACAAGGAAGGAUGUGCAGAGGUUCCUAGGAUUUGGGAACUUCUAUCGUAAGUUCAUCCGAAACUUUGCCCACCUGACGGCGCCCAUUACGGACUGUCUCAGCAGUAAGAAGAAGUUCGUUUGGACUGAGGAGGCGGAGCGAGCAUUUGAGGAACUAAAAGGGCCUUCGCCUCGGAACAACAACUCCUGCAUGUGGAUUUACAAAAACCGAUGAGAGUGGAAACUGACGCAUCAGACAGAGCGAUUGGGGCGGUGCUUCUGCAGCCAGGGAAGGAGGAGUCAGAGUGGAGACCGUGUGCUUUUUUCGCGAAAGCUGAACAAAUCCGAGAGGAACUACACGGUGUAUGACCGAGAACUACUAGCCAUUCAUGAGGCGUUCCGGAGAUGGAGGCACCUGCUAAUUGGCGCACAACAUAAGGUGCAAGUGUGCACUGACCACAAGAACCUAGAGUAUUGGAGGACGGCACGAGUGCUCAACCAACGGCAAGUGAGAUGGGCCCAGGAGUUCUCCAAAUUUAACUUUGAGAUUGGUUACGUGCCAGGCCCAGAGAACAUUAGGGCGGACGCUCUCUCACGCAAACCUGAAUAUUUGGAGGGGAGGGAGCACCCGAAGAGAGACAUGUCAUUCCAGAGGACCGCUGGGUGUGUGGGGCGGCAUUGGUGGGACAAAGAGAACUGGUAGAGGAAACAGAGAAUGAUGAAUACGCCCAGAAUAAGCUCAGAGGUCUUAGGGGUGAGGGAGAGGAACCAGGGGUUUCGAGGAAAGAAAUGGAGCUUUGUAUUACAAAGGGGCACUGUAUAUCCCUGAAGGAGACUUAAGGGGAGGGUACUCAAGCAGUUGCACGACAGCCCUACGGCGGGGCAUUUUGGACAACACAAAACCAUGUGGUUGGUCACCAGGGAAUUUUGGUGGCCUAAGGUGAGGGAAGAUGUACGUGAGUAUGUAAGAGGGUGCGAGCAAUGCCAGCGAGCCAAAGGGGAAAGGCGGGCGCCGGCGGGGCUAUUAGAACCCUUACCAACCCCAGAAUGACCUUGGGAGGCAGUGUCGAUAGAUUUUAUGACUGAUCUGCCGAAGUCCAAAGGGAAAACAGCCAUCAUGGUGGUGGUAGACCUACUAACAAAGAUGUGCCACUUUGUAGCUUGCUCGCAUGCAGUCACGGCGGAAGAGACAGCGAAGUUAUUUGUAGAACACAUUUUUAGGUUGCACGGGGUGCCAUUGAGGGUGGUCUCAGACCGAGGAAAACAAUUUACUUCCAGGUUCUGGAGGAAGCUCAUGAGCUUACUGCAGGUGGAGGUCAAUUUUUCGACUGCCCGGCACCCUGAAACCAACGGGCAGGCGGAAAGAGCAAACGGUGUCCUCCAGCAAUACCUGAGGUGUUAUGUCAAUGACAGAGAGAAUGACUGGGUAGAAAAGUUGGCGCUGGCGGAAUUUGCCUACAACAAUGCCGAGAAUGUGUCCACAGGGAUGAGCCCCUUCUUGGCUAAUUAUGGGUGUCAUCCCAGGGCUUUCCCAGGGGAGAUGGGGAGAGAUGGAGCGUCCCGGCAGCCGAGCAUUUUGUGGAAGAAAUGGAAGCAAUCCAUCGUCAGCUCCAACUCAACUUAGAAAGGGCGAAGGAAGAAUACAAGAGGCAGGCAGACAAGAACCGAAGGGAAGGUGAAACCAUAAGGGUGGGAGAUAGGGUGUGGCUGUCAACCCAAGGGUUGCCGUUCAAAGGAGGUUGUAAGAAAUUAAGACCCAGGAGGUUGGGUCCCUUUGAGGUCAUUCAACAGGUCAACCCAGUGGCUUUCAGGCUCCGGUUACCCAACCACAUGAAACUGCACCCAGUAUUUCACAGGUCGUUACUGUCACCGUACGAAGGGGGACGAGAAGGGAUGGCCACUCGGGGACCGGUCAUAGAAGAAAGAGAAUGCAGCAGCCAUGUGGCAGAAAUCCUCGACGCCAGGUGGAAGGGGGAUCAGGUGGAGUAUUUGGUAGCGUGGGAAGGAGAACCGGAGUCAGAAAACACUUGGGUAAUGGCCGAAGAUAUCAAUGACGAGAUAUUGAUAGAAACGUUCAAUCAAAGGUUCCCAAGGAAACCUCAGCCUGUGGAGAGGUUCCGGAGGGAAUACUUUGGGACCACUGAUGAGGAGGAGGAGUUGGAAGGAUUCCCGGACUCGGAAGGGGAAGGGGAGAUGGACUCUGAGGAGGAGGAGUACUUCGAGACCAGGAACCGCAACAGGUGGAGAGAAGUGUUCGAGACAUCGGAAGAUGAAGGAAGUUCAUUCCGGGGUUUGCCUCCUCACCGCCCGUAGAGGAGGGGGCGAGAGGGGGUGAAAGGGGCCCUGGAGGGGGAGGUGGAUGUCAGGGAACUGCCAUCGGAAGGAAGGGAGGUGAAAGGGCUCACACAGGUUGGGAGAGACUCAGCAGCUGAAGAGGGAACCAGUAGGGGAGAGGAGCUGAGCUGAGGGAAAGUGAGCUGGAGGGAUGGCUCAGAGACACUUCCAGCGAAAACAGUGGGGAGGUUUCAGGACCUCCUGUAGGAACACCCACUCCUCGCCGGAAACUGUCACGCAGAGAGUCCAGAAGACGUGUUUCCGUUAAGGAGCUUUUAUGUUGGAAGCGAUUCCGAAAGCAACCACUGUCGGAAUCUGCUAGUGACUAGAGGAGCCAUGUCUGAGGGGCUCCGUCACAGACAGAGGUUUGUGGACUUGAACAAACUCUGAGGGAAUACUAUUUUACGCACAAGCAGCUCAUCAUCCCAUCACACCCGCCUUCACAGCCGUUGUAACAUGCCACUUGUUAUCUUCUUCCUGUUCUGCCGUUGAGGACUUCUUGGAUCAUUCAUGGUUAGCUCCUCCACUUUGACCUUACCGCCUUGGAUCAUCUGCUGGGAGUACGAGACUCCCGAUGGCUUCGGUCACAAGGGUCAUGGCCACAAGGGUCAUAGGAACGUGCAAGCCCACUCACCCUGACAAGGGGAUGAUCCAGCGAGUGAGACAAAACACACACACACACACACACACACACACACACACACAGAGAGAGAGAGAGAGAGGUUGCUAGGUUUUAAUUUCUGCUGUCUUCUAAAGUGGUUAAUGUUAAUGUUUGUAUGCCACCUUUGAGGCACAGAAGACACCCCAAGGCAGCUCAUAAGCAAUGCAAAUACAACACAGUGUAAUCAGACUAGAUCUUAAAAUACAUCCCUUUUCCUGCCGAAAAAGCAACAGAUUAUUCCCCAGAGAAAUUCUCUCCCUCAUUCUGGGUGUCUUUUUUCUUUUUCAUCUCUCCGGUGGCAAUUUAAGAAUUUUGGGACAGCCCUUUAAUUAUAUGUAUUGUCAUUAAACACUUUGUUUACACCAGCUUCUGCCCAGCCUAGGUGCCCUCCAGAUAUUUUGGGGAUACAGUUCCCAUUGUCCCCAGUCAGCAUCACUCAGUGAUGCUGAAUCUGCUGGGAUCAUGGCUGUGAUGGAUGGAGGUGACCGGAGAUGUACCCCCCAAACAUCUGGAAGGCGCAUAGGUUGGCAUAGGUUGGCAAAGGCCUUUAUAGCAGCUUAGAAUAAUAGAAUUGUAGAGUUGGAAGGGACCCUAAGGGGCAUUCAGUCUAACUCCCUGCAAUGCAGGAGUCGUGGUUAAAGAAUCCCUGACAGAUGGCCACCCUAACUCUGUUCAAAAAACUCCAGUGUAUGAGAGCCUACCACCUUCCAAGGGAGUCAGUUCCACUGUCAAACAGCUAUAACCAUCAGAAGGUUCUUCCUAAUGUUUAGUCAGAAUCUCCUUCCUUGUCAUUUGAAGCUAUGAGUUUGGUUCCUACCCUCUGGAGCAGCAGAAAACAAGCUUGCUCUGCACCCUGGAACAUCCUAGUGUCGAUUGUGAGCACCCCUGACACUGACCAGUUUUGCAGUUCUGAACAUCUGCCCACCAAUUGUGUGAGUAGUAUAGCUGCUGAAGCUUUCCACUUCUUUGAGUCCUCCUAGUGGGAUUUACUGAGCUCUGUUAACUUUGGUUCAGCCAUCAGUUCGGAAGUAACCGUCACUUUUUUUGGGCAGUGGCGCCUGCCAGACCUGUCAUCGUGUCUUGCCAGCUUAUCCGUCAUUAGCAAACGGUUUUGGGCAGCUUCCCAAGCGCUUGAUGCUUCUUAUUAGAACUGUUGCUGAAGGAAUGGCAGUGUCUGAGGGGGGCGGGCAGGUUUCUCUGUGGCUGGCGGGAGUUUCCUUGCUUUUCCUGAGCCCGAAUGAAAGAGGGACUUUGCCAAAUCAUUCCCCGAACGACCAGUUGGAGCACUUUUUCUUCUUCUGAUUUUGUUUAGCUUUACUAGCAAUCCAAAAGUGCAGUGUCAGGGAAUUAUGUCAUACCAUAUACAAAGCAAGCAAGCAAUAAAUCAUAAGAGCAAUAAAUGGGGACACACAAAUUGAGGCAUCCAUAUUAACUGAGCUGUGUGGCUGGUGAAUGUGGAACAUCUAAGUCUGAACCAUAGGAAAUAAAAUCCCACCAGAUGACAUAAUAGCAUCCUCCAUUCCUUUUCUGCAGUGGCUCCCCGUCUGUGGAAUGCUCUCCCCAGGGAGGUUCGCCUGGCGCCUUCAUUAUACACCUUUAAGCGCCAGGCAAUAACGUUCCUCUUUAACCAGGCUUUUGGUUGAUUUGAUUGAUAUCCUAUGCCCUUUUAAAAUGUGUUGGGGGGGGCGGUGGCUCUUUGGUUGUUGUUGUUUUUAUUUUGAUUAUGUAUUUUCUGGUUUUAUAUAGGGUGGUAUUAUUAUUAUUAUUAUUAUUAUUAUUAUUAUUAUUAUUAUUUUAUAUCCCCUUGGAACAUGCAGUUCAGUGUGACUUUUUUUAUGCAACAGCCAAAGUCCCCUGAGUUCUUAAACUGCAAAGGCAAAUGUAGAUUUUUCAAGGGUUAUUUAAAUCCAACUGCAGCUAACAUCCACGUCAAAAGCUCUUUAGUAUAUUCAGCUAUGACAUUGGAGUACAGUGGUAUCUUGGGUUACAAACACCUUGGGUUACAGACUCCGCUAACUCAGAAGUAGUACCUCAGGUUAAGAACUUUACCUCAGGAUGAGAACAGAAAUUGCGCGGUGGUGGCAGCAGCAGCAGCAGCAGCAGCAGCAGCGGGAGACCCCAUUAGCUAAAGUGGUACCUCAGGUUAAGAACGGACCUCUGGAAUGAAUUAAGCUUGUAACCAGAGGUACCACUGUACUUAAGAAGAUAAGAAGAAUCAGACCAAUGACCGAUGGUCUGUCUAGGCCAGCAGCUUGUUCACACAGCAGCCAACCAGAUUCCUGGGGCAAACCCACAAGCAGAACCUAAGUGCAAGAGCACUGCCCAGCUUUUGCUGCCAUAGAAGGAACACUUUAAAAAGUGUUCUGCUGUUGCAGAACAGAUGUCAGCUGGGAGAUGCUGCUGUUUCUCUUUGGAUAAAUCCUGACAAAAAACAAAUCAAGAUUCCUCGCAUGUAGAAAAUUAGCAUGUUGGAGGCAAGGGGUUUUCCCGGCAUGCUCUGCAUGUGUGUUUCCAUCUGUCUGUGCAAUGAAGUAACAUUCUGUCUCGUAAGCCUUCCUCCGCCUUGCAAUCUGAACUGGUCCCAUCCAGAAAUGGGCUCACCUCUCCUGCUUUUGUGAGAGCAAGGGCAUUCUUAUCUCCCUGCAAAGCAAAAAAGGAUUGGCUGCCCUCUGAAAUGUGCAUUGUGGUGCCUUCCUUCCUACUCCCCAGGCUUUUUUUGUUUGAAGAAACCGUCUUUCUUAACUCAGUUGACUGAUCUUGGCUUUCGUUUCCCACCCACCCCCUCUCCAGUUCUAACCAUUUAUCAUGUGGGCGACAUGCUGCAACUGGUUUUGCCUGAACGGGCAGCCCGAGGACAUCCAACACCGCCCGCAGCAGGGGACCCGCGCGCAAGCCUACGCCAACGCCGGCUACAGCUCCUUCCCUUCGCCCACCGGCCCUGAGCAGGGCUGCAAAGGCUGCGGGGCCCGUUUCAGCAACGCCUCCCUUAAGGUGAGUGGGGUGUCAUGCUCCACAUUGGGAGCCCAUGGUGGGAACCUGCUCUAGUUAUCUUACUGUGUUUCAUGGGAAUUGUGUCGGGGUUUUGCAUAUUAAGCGGUAUAUAAAUAUUAUUUGUGAUGAGGACGAGCGACCACGUCGGCUCACAAUGCUGCGCUUAGAGGGCAGAGUGGACUUAGGUGCGCAGUGAGCUGGAACACAACCCCCUUGCAUAUGGGGAGUUGCCUGUAUAUAUAAUUUCUUGAGAUUGAUUGCAUUUUUGGUAAUUGUAAGUUUUUUUAAAAAAUGUUUUGUAUUGCAUAUUUUACAUGGUUAUAACCCAACCUGGGACCUUGGGAUGAAGGGAAAGUAAUUAUUUUUAUUAAUAAUAAUAAUAUUGAUGAGAAGUUGAAUGGACACUUAGGAGAGAGAGUGAGAGAGCGCACACAUCUACUUCCAACAGAGCUUAACUUGUGAAUCUUGGGUUAUUAGGUUGUCGUUUUUAUUUUUAUAUGUAUUUUAUGGUUUUGUAUUCUGAUUUUAUCCUGUGAACUGCCCUAACCCCUGCAGGUAUAGGGCUGUAUAUAAAUUCAAAUAACAACAGCAGCAACAGCUUACUGUGACAAGCUGAGGUGGUGACUCCUGCCUGCUGAGACGGCUUUUUAAAAGGUUGGGUGCAGGAGGGAUUGGACAAAUUCAGGAAAGAGGUUUAGCCCCACUAGGAAAGUGGAGCCUCCACAUUUAAGGGCACUGUACCUCUGAAUACUGGAGAGCAGCAGCAGGGGCCUGCCAGCGGACUUCAAUGAAAGUCACCAGCUGGCUAGUCUAGAAAACUGGGGUUCUAGAAGGAUCCCAACAGGUGGCUCUCAUAGGCAUAAUUUUCUUCGAAGUCACUGUGGGGCUGAUUCAGGGUCAGCCCAGGGCUGGCUAUAGCCAUUUGCAUACCAGGUUAGGGGAGGCUGUUUUAAAACAGCAGGUUCAAGAGCCCCCUUAUUCUCUCCUGUCCCCGAACUUGUUCCAAACUUGCACAUUUUGUUCCAAACGUGCACAUUUGUGUCGCACAGAAAUGCCUGCGGUGGAAGCGUAUGUUUCUCUGCACAGUCUGGUUUUUCCUUGUAUUGCAGGCUUAAGUUCUGGCACGCUUGAGUCACCCUGGGGGCGGGUACGGAGGAGGAAAGGCAUUUUCUCACUCGGAGAAGUCCAUUUAAAUGAGGAGGGGUUUUCUUCUCCUGGGAAGUCUUCCGUUCGGGUGGCAGGAGGCCAGCCUUUCAGAGUCUCGGAAAGCAUCUGACCUCCUGCACGUUCUUGGAUGGAAAAAUGGCAAGGGAAAGGGAGGCGGAUGUGGAGCCUUUGUAUGGAAUGUGUGUGCACUUAUGUGCUUGUGUACACACGCACAGCUCCUUUACACAGAGAGCUUCCCAACCAUCCUGGGUUAGUUUCCAACAGCUCACCAGGGUUAACCCUUGCUUUGCCUAACUGCCAUCAUAGCAAUGCCCCCCUUGCUCCCCAAAGACCUUGCCAUGCUUUUGUGAUAUUUUUCUUUGGCCCCAAUGAAUAAUAUUGCCCGACUUUUGACUUUGGAUUUAUUUCCCUGAAAGUUAAUUGCUUGAACUUUUAUAAACACACUGGCCACACCUUCUAAUAUAGGACCUUUUUUCUUAUAUCUUGCUAUUUCUUCUUUUUAAUGGCAUUUAGUUUAAUUUUAAUCCUCUGCUUAGUCUUAGAAGAGCAGAAUACCCAGUUCCCCCCACUCCUGCCCCAGCUUUUACUUUUUGAAUAACCCUGCGAGGUAGAUCCGGCUGAGUCUGUGAUGUCGUAGGAAAAUAUACAUGGUUCCACCCUCCUCAUUUCAUCCCCACCACAACCCUGUGAGGUAGACCAGGCUGAGAGGCGGUGACUGCCCUGGUCCCCUCGUGAGCUACGGCUCCUCCCCUACAUGUAAACUCUUCCUGGGUUGGGGUACUAGACGCAGAGCUGACUUGGGACAGACAGGACUUCUGGGAUGUGGGAAGUCUGAGGAGGUUGAUCAGGUGAAUUUCACUGCUGGGCUGGGAUUUGAAUCCAAGGCUAAAAUGCCAGCUACCACAAAUACUACCCCAGCACAACACAAGGGACUGCUGGCCUUCUCCUAAGAAAUGAGAGCCUGCUUGGAAGCUCUCUGGAACUGCUUUGGUGGCUGAGUGUCCCAAGAUCCUCACCAUUCCAGUUUUGCAUCUACUGAACACUUUUUAAGUCAGCCAGGUUGGUUUGUUUACAGCCAAAGGUCACCACAGAACAAGACUCCAUUCAGACUCAAGGCAAGGGAGCAGCAUUCUGCAUCAUGCAUGCAAGCAUUCAUUUUGCUGCUGUCAGUAAAUGGAGGGAGCAUCAUAUGAUCAUGGAGAGCAGGAUGCUCACUGAGCAUCUCAGCAGUUUAUACUGAAUUAUCUCCAUGACACGAGGCGCACCUGUAAUUUCUCCUCUCCCCACCCUCUCCACUGUAAAAAUGUGAUUUAAAAAAACAAUGGCUAAAAAUUUUGGGCAGUGCCUUAUACUGAAUCAGACAUACCAUCACAUAUGUGUAAGGUGAGCAUUUAAGUACAGACUCCUGGAUCAGGCCAGUGGCCCAUGUAGUCUAGCAUGCUGCUCUUGCAGGGGCCAACCAGAAGCCUGUGGGAAACCCUCAAGCAGGACCCCAGCACAAGAGCAGCCCUCUCCCCUCCUUUGCUUUCCAGCAACUGCUGCUUCCAGCCGUGGAGGCUGAGCAAUAGCCGUCGUGGCUAGUAGUUACUGAUAGCCCUCUCCAUGAAUGUGUCUAAUCCUCUUUUAAAACCACUCAAGUUGGUGGCCAUCACUGCCUCCUGUGGGAGGGAGUUUCAUAGUUGUGUGAAGAAGGAAUUUCUGUUACGAGUCCCGAAUCUUCUCGUAUUCAGCCUUGUGGGAUGUCCAACAGUUCUAGUGUUAUGAGAGACGGAGGAAAACUUUUCUCUACCUACUUUCUUCAUGCCAUGCAUAAUUUUAUAAACUUGACUAUCAUGUCACACUCUCUUUUUCUCUAAACUAAAAAGUCCCAAACGUUGCAGUCAUUCCUCAUAGGAGAGUUGCUCCAACUCCUUGAUCAUUUUGGUACUUGAUCAUUUGCUACGGAGCACCUCAGCAAAGGCCUUUCUCUAUCCGUUGUAUUGAUCCUAAGCAGAAGCAGGCAUUAAGUACCUUUGCAACAAUGGCUUAUGUUGAGAUUUUUAUGCUAUGAGUGAAGAUUCUUUCCUUGAAUUCCGAAUCCUAAGCAGUCUUGAAUCUGGGAUAGCAAAACACCAUUCUUUUCCCCACCUUGGCUGGGCUACCAACUCAUUUUUAUUUAAAUCCAUCAGCAACUUCUAAUUUUCUUGGUUAACAAGCCAUCAAUUUCCUUAUGUGUAUAAAACUCUCGUAAAAUAUACACAGGUACAACAAAGACAUGAAAUGCCUUGAAAACCAAACCAGUACAAAACAAUCAUAUGAACGGUGACUUGUUAUCCAGGAUCCUACAGUGCCCAGAAGCUCUUGUUUCUUUUUUUUGAGGGCCAGCCCAAAAUACAGAGGUCUGUCUUAUCUCAGAGGCUCCCAAACAUUUUUGAGCCACUGUCCCACCCUGGUUCAACAAACACAUCUCCAGUGCCGCCUUACCCUUUAAAAAGCAUUAUUCUGAUUAGUUGUUUCCAUGAUUCUCUAAGGAAGAUAAGAGCAUGAUAACAUUCAAAACAGUGACAGUUAAUUGCACAUUUAUUAAAAAUGCAAUUAAAACUGUUUAGUUUUAUUAAUUCAACAGAACUGAUGAACUUGGUCCAGUGAUACUCAUCCGAUAGUCAUUUAACCCCACCCAGGGGGCACCACUGACCACCUUGGGAAGCACUGGCCUGUGUCUUCCUCUGCCCUGCUUGCCUCCGCCUGACAUUCCUCUCUUCCCUUUUCUGGACAGCACACCUGCCUGGACUGCAAAAAGACCUUCUGCCUGGCCUGCUCACACCAGCCGGAGAGCGGCCCCUGCCUCUGCCACCUCUGUGAGCGAUUCCGGGCCACAGCCUUCCAGCGGGAGGAGCUAAUCAAAAUGAAGGUGAAAGACCUGCGGGACUACCUGGAGCUGCGGGAGAUCUCCACCGAAAUGUGCCGCGAGAAGGAUGAGCUGGUGUGUCUGAUCAUCGGCCAGCAGCCCGCUGUGGGUCCCCAGGGAGACAGGACUGCCCGGGUUCCUCCGGUGACAAUCGUCUCCCCUGUCCAGGAGCAAGAGGCCCCUGCACCUACCUCACCGGACUGCCCUCCUGAGUGGGCUGCGACAGACCCUGCCUUGCAGACUGAGGAGCAGCCACAGGUACCGCCCGGCCGAGUGUUAAUCUCCUGUCGAAACACCUGUGUGGUCAUUGCCCUCACUCUUGGGCGGCUUCGUAAGGUUCUUGGCUUGCUUUUCAAGGGUUCAUAGCUGCAUACGUAGACUUUAUUUAUCAGUCUUGGCAUUUCUAUAUUGCCCAGCCUACCAUGUCCUGUGUGUGCCCCAGUGCUAAGGUGGGCAGGGCUGGAUUUUGGUCUUUCCAAUUUCAGCGGUGCCCUGUGUGAGGCCAAGAUUUGGCGCCUCUCCCCUUCCGUUCUGCCCAAUUUACAACUACGUCAUAGUUGCAACACCCUGCAGUGACUCCAAGACUCUGUGCCCAGUGCGGUGGAAGCAUUUGCGCUUCUCUAAAUCCGCCUCUGAGGUUGGUGUAAAACCAGCCUGAAAGCAUUACAAAGCAUCAUCAGUGCUAUAAAAAUAAUGCGAAAACUCCAGGAAAGGCCUGAAAGAAUAUAAGAAUAUAGGAAACUGCCUUUUUGUUCCGUCUAGCUUAGAAGUGGCUACAAAUGUCUGGAAGCGGCUCUUUGGGGCUUCAGACAGUCCAUGCCCUACCUGCAGAUGCCUGAAUUUGAACCCAGCACCUCCUGCAUGCAGAGCAGAUGCUCUUGCACUGCACUAUGGCCCUUUCCAAGAUAUAGGUCCUGAGAAAAUCCUGAUGUAGGUGCUAAGUGAGCCUUUCUGAUGAGAGCAUUGUGUAACUUGGGGGGUGCCGCUACCAACAAAGCCUCUUCCCUAGUUUUGAGUUGAAUGCUGUGGGUGCCUUCCCUUCUGCCUCUUCUCCCUCCCACAUGCAUUAAUAAAGAGAUAGGGUGUUCACCCACCCACCUUUACUUUUUGAAGUGUUCCAGGUAAAAAUAAACUCCAGUAGAAUUAACCUGAGCCUUGGAAAACACAUAGAGCUGGAAGAGGAAGUGGGAAAGAGUGGCACUCUUCCCUGCCUCCUCUUACAGCUUUGUGUCUUUUUCAAGGGAGGAAAAGGAAAUGCCCCUCAUCACCGAGGGGUCAUUGAGCAUGGGCAGGCACGGGCGGGCUCUUAAGAGCACCACUAAGCCCUUGGGUGACCACUGAUCUUUACCAACCUCAUGCAGCUCCCUGGCAGCCUCUCACUGUUCUGCUGCGUGCUGCCAUGGCUCAACCCUUUAGCCCACAGGCUAGCCGGAGGAGACCAUAGAGCCCUUUUGGCCCACCCACCCCUCCACAAGACAUGGGUUGGGGAGCACCCAGCCGCCCUGCAGAGAUUGGAGUGCCCUUGGCCCUGCAGCGCUGUGUCACAAAGAGCCAGGCUGCCUUGCAUUCUCCGUGAUGUCAGUCCCGCAUCACAAUGGAAGGCAGCAGGGCAGAGCCAGGCCUUCCCAGCAUGGGCUCCUGGUGCCUCUCUGCAGCUCAAUCAUGACUGACCCAGGCCUUGGGGACACCACCCUAGGGUUUCCCUACUCAAGCCUAGGCGGUCUUAACGGGGCUUAGUCAACAUUAAGGUAAAGGGGCCCAGCAGACGUCGUUUCCCAGCUGGGAGCAAUUUCAUCAUCCAGCUUGGGUGUGUUUGGGAUCGCCCGAGUUUCCUCUUGGUUCCCCCCACCCCAUUAUUUUUGUUUUUCUUUAUUUGCAAUAUAUAUAUAUUGUAAAGAGUGAUUCAUGCACAGGUGAUUUUUUUGUUCUUACGUAUCAGCACCGCACAGAAGCACCACAUGCCUAUUUAAUUGCAUUUCAAGUCAUAGAAUCAUAGAGUGCAAUGCAGGAAUAUGCAGCUGUCAAACCUACAACCUUGGUGUUGUCAGCACCAUGCUCUGGCCGACUGAGCUACCCAGUGACUGAAAUCUACUGAUUUCAAUUUUUAUACAAUGGUAUCAUUCCAUUCUCAGAAACCUAUAACCAUGUUCCAUUGAUGCUGCAUAUGGAAUAAAAUUAUGCCAGGCUGAUGGAAAAGUAGUGAUUUUCUUGCCUGUUUGACUCACUUGGACAGGAGUUGUCAGUUUGGCCAUUAAGUCCUAGAGUUGUGAGAGCCAGAUUGCAAACAGGCCUGCAUUUAGCUUCUUCCUCUUGUGAUUCCUUGUGCAUCCUUCUAGAGUUCAAAAGGACAAAGGAGAGUUUCUGUUUAUUAUUAAUUGAUUGCUUAUAUAUUUAAACUUACUAUUACCCAAAGUCUCUAAGCGACUGAUAUUAAAGGAAAAGUAGAUGCACAUAUGCAAUAACAUAGGGAAAAGAGGGGAGGGAAUCAUAUAACACAUUAUCAUUUCAUAUAAUAAUAUACAACUUACGGAAAAACAACAUAGCAUCUCUUUAAACAAUAGCAAGUGCAUUGGUAGUGGUAGUAGUAGUAGUAGUAGUAGUAGUAUUAAUACCACCACUACCACCACCACUACUACUUCUACUACUACUACUACUAAUAAUAAUAACCACCAUAUGCAAAUAGUAAACAAAGCAAUGCUCCCACCAAAACCGUAACCUCCUCCCUAGUCCAGAAACUCUUCACAUUGAACCAAGAAUUUUUCUUCCUCUUUGUCCCUCCCUCUGCACUCCAUCCCACCUUGCGUCAGGCCAGCAGCUGUAAAUCAGCUUUGGGUGGGUUCAGGGUCCUCCAGAGAUGGCCCAGCAUCUUUUCUAGACUCUUCUGUCUCUCCACGGUGGGUUUUCUAGGGAGUUCAGUCUUUCAGCAGCAUCUGUUUUCCUCCUAGGCAAAUGGGCAUGUCUUACCGAACCAGGGCGACAUGGCGGAAGUCGAGAAUGCAGUGGAAGCACUGACCGAGGAGGAGACGCAGGUAGGCGAGGGCCGAUGAUGCAGCCAGAACGGGGAGGCCGUGUGGGGGUGGGCCAGGGGUUGCAAUGAGUGCUCUGGAUACCGAAAAAGAUUAUGGGGAUCCUUGGUGGUGUAGCGGAUGGAUUUCAAGGUAGGUUCAAGCCCCAUUUUUACCCAUAAAAUCAUUUACGUGUGGCCCUAUGGAAUCUUCGUCCACUUACCUCUGCUUCUGCAGUCCCACAGCUUGAAUUUCACAGUAUGGUGUCCCCUCGCUGGUGGACUGGUCCCUGUCCUCUGCUACCCACCAGCUGAUUGUAUGGAGCUUGAAACCUGUUUUGCGUUCCUCUGGUUCCGAAAUGCCAAAGGGUGUGUGUACACACACACAUUCAAGGAAGGCAAAAAAGCGAAUGCGGUUUUGAAAUUGGUGGCUAAAAUCUGUGCGGUUCUGAAAGGUUCAGUCUGCCCUCUAGGUUCAAAAAGGCAUCCAGUUGUAUCUAAACAUAGAUGAAAACCUGCUCCUCAGUCUCAGGAACCAUCAUGCAAAAUUGGGUGCCGAUAGUGUAAAAGGUGUCUGAAUGCUUUCCAAAAUAUAGUAAAUCUGUUUGUAUAAGAGAUGUGUAUAUCUCUAUCUGUGCGGUAUAUUAUUUAUGCCCUACGUCUUCGCCAGUAUUGGCUCCAAAAGUGAGCCACAGCCAAUCAUGAUAGAAUAUUAGGGGAUUUUGUGUUGUGUGUGAGAUGUCAGGAUAGGAAUUUGUUUAGUCCACAUUUUUUAAACAAACUGACCUAGUUUGCCACUCCCAGGCAAAUAGAUAGAUCAGAAAUAUGAUAGGCCUUUCGGUUUUGCGCUUCUCUGAAUUUUGUAAUUCCAGUUCUUGGCUCAGAAAAACGUACUGCAAAGCAUGCAAAUGGAUUAGGAUAAAAGUAUUAUUGAGAAAUGCAUUGAAUUUGUAUUUGAAUAUGGUUUUUCUUUUCUUUUAAAAAAUUACAAAUUAAUGAAGAAAUGGGAUGGGAUGGAGUUACACUUAGAGGAAGUACACUGAUUGGUCCUUUCUUAGUAUCAAGGAGGUGAGAUGACUGAAGCUUGCUGUUGUAGCCCCUCUAUCUCCCAGCCCUCUGGUUUCCAGCUCUUAUUGCCAUAGCCCAGCCUGGUGCCCUGUGCAAGUUUUGGAGGAUGCCUCCCACCAUCCCUGAGCAUUGGCCAUGCUAGCUGGGGCUGAUGGGACUUACAGUCCAAAAUAUCUGGAAGGCAGUCGGUUUGAGAAGUCUUUCGGUUUCUAUCACCCGUGUGUUUUUAUUAAAGCUAAACACAUUCGUGCCACUAUCUUCACCCUGAUGCACCCUGAUAAAUAUUGCCCCCAGUUCAUGGGUCCAGGUUAGAAAGGCAUUGUAGGCAAAGAAAUCUGGUUUCUAGCACCGGGUGCCCAGAUAUCCUUACACUCCCAUAUGCUUGGUGAAACAUUUAUGUGUGUGACUUCCACAUAGCAGAGCAGGGACUGCACCUGAAGACCCGUCUUGUAAAGUCUGUGCCUUCAUGCCUAAACCCUGGCAUGUGUUGGAGAGACAGCUGAUUUUGGCUGGCUAGCAGAUAGAGAGGGCCCCCCUUUUUGCUGCAGCAGAGCCAGGCUGAAGCCUCGCAGCCUUACCCGCAAACUGCUUUGUAUUUCAGUCCACCGACUCUGAGGAUAACCUAGUUCCGGGGCGGAGGGCAUCUCUCUCUGACCUGACAAGUGUGAGAGACAUUGAUGCCCUCUCUGUAAGGCAGCUGAAGGAGAUCCUCGCUCGGAACUUUGUCAACUACAAGGGCUGUUGUGAGAAAUGGGAGCUGAUGGAGAGAGUGACCCGCCUGUACAAAGAGAAGGACCUUCAGCAGCUGGGUAAGGAUUCUUUUUUUGGGGGGGGGGUGGAAAAUGCACACCCACACCGUAUUUUUCAGUGUAUAACAUGUCCCCGUGUAUAAGAGGCCCCAUAUUUUUGGGGACUCAAAAUUAAGAAAAUGGGGAGAUUGCCCCCGUGUAUAAGACUACCCCCCCUUUUAACUUAAAAUAGUCUUAUACACGGAAAAGUACGGUAUAUAUCAAGGUCCACAAACUUUUUCAUCAGGGGGCUGACCACUGUCCCUCAGACCUUGUGGGGGGCUGGACUAUAUUAUUUUUGGCGGGGGUGGGGGGGGGAUGAACAAAUUCCUAUGCCCCACAAAUAACCCAGAGAUGCAUUUAAAACAAAAGCACACAUUCUACUCAUGUAAAAACACGCUGAUUUCUGGACCGUCUGCGGGCCGGAUUUAGGAGGAGAUUGGGCUGGAUCCGGCCCCCGGGCCUUAGUUUACAUACCCAUGGUAUAUGUAUUUCAUAUGCACAUAUCUUUGUAUAUCUGUGGGAAUGAGAGGGCAUUUUUAGUUUAGAGAAAAGUUGAGUAAGAGGCGGCAUCCCACAAGUUUGUGAAAUGCUGCGCAGCAUGGAGAAAGUGGAUAAAGGUUUUUCUCCCUCUCCCAGCACUAGAACCCAUUCACUUCCCAUGAAGUUGAAUGUUGGGAGAUUUAGGAUAAGGGAAAGUCCCUCUUCAUACAGCACAUGGUUAAUCUAUGGAACUCACACCCUUAGGAGGAGCCAAGUUGGACGGCUUUCAAGGAUUAGACAAAUUCAUGAAAGAGAAAGUUAUCGAUGGCCAUGAGGGUUCUGCUCUGCCUCCACAGUUGGAGGCAGCAAUGUUUCUGAAUACCAGUUGCUGGAAACCAAAGAAAAGGAAGGGGUUCUUGCACUUGGGUCCCCUAACAAGCAUCUGGUUGGCAACGGUGAGAACAGGAUUCUGGACUAGAUGAUCCAUUGGCCUGAUGCACCACAGGGUCUCAUGAAAUUGGCAUAAAAAGUGUAAGAGCCUCUGGCCCACCAUAGGAUCUCCCAUUCCCAGAGCUUUGUUCCUUUUUCUCCUAAGUAAUUUUUCCAGUCCCCACUCCCUUCUUCCCAGAAGGCAGUAGCAAGGGAACGACACAUCUUGUUUAUUUAUAUUGAGCACUGUUGCAAUAGGAUUUCAUCAAACUUCUUUUUCUGUUUUCAGUUUCUGAUACGGAUGAUCAAGCUGGUAAGCAGCCCUUGUUUCUCCCUUUCAAAAUAGUUGUUCACUGGGAAGGACAAGCAUUUAUUUUGUGUGGGGGUGGGACUUUGUCUCUCUCAUUGAUGGACAGCAAGCAAUCAUAUAUGAAUGUGUAUACACCUUGAUGAUAGGAUAAGAAUCUUAAAAUGGCAAAGCCCAGAGUUGAUGCUGGGAAGUUUUGGAAAGUGGCUCUCGCUCAGACAUGGGCCCCAUCCACCCCCCCAGUGUGCUCCAUGUGGGGCUUCCCUUGUUCCAGAUUUGGAAGUUGUAGCAUGAUUGCCCAUCAGCAGAGAAUGCCUCUGCUCAGGAAUCUCCACUAGUUGCUGAUUUGCUGUCCGGCUAAGUUCAAGGUGUUACUAUUAGUAUGUAAAGGCCUUAACAACUUGGGACCAGUUUACCUGCAAGAUCACCUUACCUCAUAUGUGCCCACUCGACUGAUCCAAACCGUUAAAAGGUGCCACAGGACACUCAUUCCACAUUUGUAAGAACUUUUAGUGAAGAAGAAACUUUCAGUGUGGCAGAACCCACUCUGUGGAACUUCCUGCCUAUUGACAUCAGGAAAGCACCUUCACUGUACUACUUUUUUGAUGUUUGCUAAAAACAUUCUUGUUUAGGCAAGCCAUUUAUUUAUUUAUUUAAUUUAUUUACCAACCCUUCACUCUAAGCUCCCAGAGUGGGUUACAACAAAGAAAAAACAACAUUAAUGUUAAAACACUAGUACAGUUGGAAGUCAAACGGAAUCUGUUCCGGAAGUCCGUUUGACUUCCAAAAUGUUCGAAAACCAGAUUGUGGCUUCUGAUUGGCUGCAGGAAGCUCCUGUAGCCAUUCAGAAGCUGUGGAAGCCCUGUCAGAUGUUUGGGUUCCAAAAGAAUAUUCGCAAACAGGAACACUCACUUCCGGGUUUGUGGCAUUUGGGAGCCAAAACGUCCGAGUUCCAGGGUGUUCGGGAUCCAAGGUACGACUGUACAGCAUAUUAAAAGCAGUUUAAAACAACUAUAUAUCCAGACAUGUAGAAUGUUCGACGAGAGUCUUAAUCUGUGUUUAGCUUAUUGUUGAUUUGAAUUAUUUUUCUGAACGUUUUAAAUAACUUUUCAUUGAUAGUUUCUUUUUCUUCCUGUUUGUAAGCUGCUUUGAGGCUUUCUUUUUCUUAUAAUCAAGUCCCCCCUUUGCCGUUCCAGCUCCAUCUGGCAACGCCACUCUCCCUGGCUCGGAGGACAACCUCUGCAAGAUCUGCAUGGACUCCGUCAUUGAUUGCGUCCUCCUGGAGUGCGGCCACAUGGUCACCUGCACCAAGUGUGGGAAGCGCAUGAACGAGUGCCCCAUCUGCCGGCAGUACGUGAUCAGAGCUGUCCAUGUCUUCAGGUCUUAA